AAAAGGAGAGGAGGGAGGCUCGUGAAAAGAGAGAGGCCGGUCGAGCGAAGAGAAGGACCGUCGGCCAAUGAGACACCAGCCCGGUGAUGACGUCGUCGUUGUCUCACGUCGAAGUCUCACCAAAAGUCUUCGCCAGCCGCUAGUUCGUCCGCGGUCUCCCGGCUGGACGAGGAGUUCGUCCUUUUCACGAAUCUGAUCACCGACAGUGAAACAAGCCAACAUUGGACAUUCACGGAUACUACACGGAAGGAUCGUGGCUGAAGGAGGCUGCUGUCAGCCAUGGGGACGGCCAAGAUGAAACAUCUUUGGCCGUUUAUGGCGUGGACAUUUCUUCUGUUCCUGUAUCCGGUCGAAUCCCUGAGAGGACUCGGCCACGGACUAAGAAGAGAGGUGUUCUUCCUGAACCUGGAGGACGGUUACUUCGGGUGCCAGGUGAACGAGUCGACGGAAGUGCUCCAACUCCUCGAACUGUCCAAACUGUGCGACAACCACGUCGACUGUUACCAGGGCACGGACGAGCAACGCGACAGGUUGAAGUGUACAGACGAUUGCACGAAGGAGGAUGGGACCAGGUGUCUGAACGGCGUGUGCCUCGGCUCCGUGUGCCACUGUAACGACGGUUUCGGUGGUUGCAAUUGUCAGGUGCCAGACGAGAACGAGUGCAAAUACCGGCCCUGCGAUAUAUUCGCGCAUUGCACCAACACUCUUGGUAGCUUCCAAUGUUCCUGUUUCCCCGGCUACCAAGGCGACGGUUUCCAUUGCGAAGACAUCAACGAGUGCGAUAACCCGGCGUUCGCCGCGAGAUGCGUCGAGAACGCCGAGUGUUGCAACCUUCCCUCCAACUUCCUGUGCAAAUGCAAACCGGGCUACAUCGGCGACGGCGAGGUCCACUGCGAGGACGUGAACGAGUGCUUGAUACCUGGCGCGUGCGGCGACAACACCGUGUGCAACAAUAUCCCCGGGAAUUACACUUGCGCCUGUCAACCUGGUUUUACGGGAGACCCGUACGAAUCUUGCAUCGAUAUCAACGAGUGCAAUUACGUGGGUGCCUGCGGUCGGCGCGCGCUGUGCAUCAACUUGGCGGGUGGGCACAGAUGCGAGUGUCCGGAGGGUUACAACGGCAACCCGGAGGAGGAAUGCGUGGACAUCGACGAAUGCCUGCGCGCUCCUUGCGGCCGUUCGGCCCAGUGCACAAACAUGGAUGGCAGUUUCCGCUGCGCUUGCCCGGAAGGAAUGAGCGGCGAUCCUUGGGUAGGCUGUCACGAUAUAAACGAAUGCGAGGAGGGCGCACCAUGUGGCACGGAUGCGGUGUGCGUGAACACGGAGGGUGGUUUCGAGUGCAGGUGUCAGGCAGGCUAUCGGAUGGACCCGACGCACGGUUGCAUCGACGUGAACGAGUGCGGUCGAGCGGAUGCAUGCGCGGAGAACGCGAGAUGCAUCAACGUGCCCGGAUCGUACAAGUGUAUCUGCCCCCAGGGUUUCAUCGGUCAAGGACUAACACUGUGCGAAAACGUGAACGAAUGUGAGACAAACCCUUGCGGCGAGAACGCUGAAUGCAGCGACACGAUCGGCAGCUUCGUAUGCAGUUGCAAGACGGACUACACUGGGGAUCCUUUUAAGGGAUGCAGCGACAUCGACGAGUGCACGGCGUUAGAGAGCCCCUGCGGGAGAAACGCGAUUUGCAAAAACAAGGAUCCUGGUUACAAUUGCGUCUGUCCACCGGGAUACACUGCCAACCCCGAUCCGAAGGUCGCUUGCGAACAGACCGAGGUGACCACGCUCUGCAAGUCGAACUUCGAUUGCGUGAACAACGCCGAGUGCAUUGAGGGGCGAUGCUUCUGCAAGAACGGGUUCAAAGCGGUUGGAGCCGAGUGCGUGGACGUCGACGAGUGUGUUUCGAAUCCCUGUGGGCCGGCAUCGAUCUGCGGCAACACGAGGGGCAGUUACCACUGCGAAUGCGAGUCUGGUUUCGUCGGAACUCCGCCCCAUAUACCGUGUAAAGCACCGUGCGACGAAGUAACUUGCGGAGAUCACGCGUAUUGCAAAGCGGACGGCCACGAAGCUUAUUGCAUCUGCGAGGACGGAUGGACGUUCAAUCCGAACGACAUCGCGGCUGGAUGCGUUGAUAUAAACGAGUGCGACGCGAUAAACGGGCCUUCGGGACGUUGCGGGAGAAAUGCAAUCUGCACGAACACUUUGGGCGGGUUCAGUUGCCAGUGCAGGCCAGGAUUCUCGGGAAACGCUUUCAAACAAUGCAUGGACGUGGACGAAUGCGCGAGGACGGAUACCUGCGGCCACGGGGCCACGUGCACCAACACCGAGGGUUCGUACUCGUGCACCUGUCCAGAGGGAACCAUUCCGGAUCCCGACCCCUACAUCAAGUGCGUCGGCAUAGUGACGUGCGAGGUCGACGGCGACUGCCCUGGAAAUGCCAUUUGCGACCCGCAAAAGCGUUGUCUGUGCCCCGAGCCUAACGUUGGCAACGACUGCAGACACCCGUGCGAGGAUCUGUCCUGCGGGCCGAACGCCCACUGCAUGCUGUCCAACGACGUGGCCACGUGCCUCUGCCGCAGUGGUUACACGGGGAAGCCUGGGGUGAAGGGCGGUUGCAGGGACAUAGACGAGUGCGCGAUUAAUCCGUGCCCCCAGGGCGCGAUCUGCAACAACGAGCCAGGAUCGUUCUCUUGCCAGUGCCCGAGCGGCACCACGGGUGACCCGUACAGCGGCGGUUGCCAGGAAUCGAAGGCGCCUCACGUUUGCGGGCCAAGCACCCCCUGCCCUGCCGGGGAGCAGUGCAUCAAGGACGAAUUCAUCGGAAGCAGCGUUUGCAUAUGCCAGAGAGGGUACACCAGGGAUCACGAGAGCGGAAAGUGCAGAGAUAUUAACGAGUGUAUGGAGCUGAGGGACAAGCCUGCUUGCGGCGUGAACGCCAUUUGCAAAAAUUUGCCAGGAAGUUACGAGUGCCAGUGUCCACCUGGGUUCAAUGGAAAUCCCUUCUCGCUUUGCGAAGAGUGCAACAGCAUCGAGUGCCAAUGCCAGCCCCCGUACAAGAUCGUGAAUGGGAAGUGCAUGUUGGCCGGUUGUUCCAAGGGUGAGAAGUGUCCAAGCGGCGCCGAAUGUAUCACCAUCGCUGGCGGGGUCAGCUAUUGCGCCUGCCCCAAAGGGUACACGACCAAGAGCGACGGUUCCUGCGAAGAUAUAAACGAGUGUAUCGUCGGGCAUCAAGUGUGCGGGUACGGGGCAGAGUGCAUGAACCUUCCGGGAUCCCAUCAGUGCGUCUGCCCGCACGGUUACGGCGGGGAUCCGUACAACGGCCUCUGCUCCCCGGCUCAGAAGAGGUGCACGAGCGACAACGAGUGCAAAGCCAACGAGAAAUGCGUCCAGCCUGGCGAAUGCGUUUGUCCGCCGCCGUUUUACACCGACCCCCUCGACGCAAACCUCUGCAAAAAUCCUUGCGACAGGUUUCCAUGCGGUAUAAACGCCAAGUGCACGCCCAGCGAUCCACCGAGGUGCAUGUGCGAGGCUGGUUACGAGGGGGAUCCCCAGCACGGAUGCGUGGACGUGAACGAGUGCGCGAAUAAUCCUUGCGGGCACGGCGCCUAUUGCAUCAACACGAAGGGCGACCACAUCUGCGAAUGCCCGAGGGGUACGGUGGGCGACCCUUACGGGGGCGGCUGCACCGGAGCCGUGGCCAAGAACGAGUGCGGCUCGAACGACGAUUGCGACAAUCUGUUCGCAUGUGUGAACGGCAGAUGCGUGAACCCUUGCGACAACAUACCCUGCGGGCCGAACGCUUAUUGCGAGCCGGACAAACACGCAGCGUGGUGUCGAUGCGUGAUCGGAUUCGUGGAGGGGAAGAACAACGAAUGCGUUUCACAAUGCGACGGGUUCGUCUGCGGUUCCGGAGCGCAGUGCAUCGUGAGUUACAGCGGGCCAACGUGCAAGUGCAUCGAAGGUUUCAUGGGGAAUCCGUUCCCUGGCGGGCAAUGUCAACCGGACGUUUGUUCCCCGGAAGUCCCUUGCGCGGAGCCGAGCGUGUGCAUAAGCGGAAGGUGCAAGCGCCGUUGCGAGGGCGUGGUGUGCGGCGUGGGCGCCUCUUGCGAUCCGGCUACCAACAAAUGCGUGUGCAAUCCGUACUUCAUCGGGAACCCGGAUCUCCUUUGCAUGCCGCCUAUUCAACCACCCGCCUGCGAUCCCGCCUGCGGCUCCAACGCCCAUUGCGAGUACACGUUGCAGGAGUCGAAGUGCGUGUGCAAUCCUGGCACAACUGGGAACCCGUACCACGGUUGCGGAGUGCAACAGAAAUCCGACUGUUCGACCGCGCUGUGCGGGAAGGAUGCCCACUGCAACGCUGGGCCAAACGCCGUCGAGUGCCUGUGCCCGCCCGGAUACGCUGGAAAUCCUUACAUUCAAUGCCACGAUAUCAACGAGUGCAACGGGAACGCUUGCGGGAGCAACGCAGUGUGCAUCAACACGAUCGGUAGCUACGACUGUCGCUGCAAAGAAAACUUCUUCGGCAACCCCUUCGUCGGCUGCCAGCAGGUCCAAGUCGGCCCAUGCGCCGACCCCUCCACCUGCGCCUGCACCGACUCCAUCCCCUGCCCGCUCGACUACAGCUGCGUGGGCGGCAAGUGCAUCAAUCGCUGCAGCGACGUGAAAUGCGGCCCCAGAUCGGUCUGCCAAGACGGGGCUUGCGUCUGUCCGCCCGGUUACACGGGCAACCCGAGCGACCUCGCCAAAGGGUGCCGUCUCCACGGCCACUGCGCCAACGACCUCGAUUGCGAGCCCCAACAGAUCUGCUUCCAAGUAGGCAAAGGGGUGAGAAAGUGCGUGGACGCGUGCAGCAAGUUGCAGUGCGGCCCGAACGCGUUGUGCGUCACCCAGAAUCACGCGUCCUCGUGUCUGUGCGUGGACGGGUACGCGGGGAAUCCGAGCAAUCUGGUGGAGGGUUGCCAGCCGUCCAAGUCGGUGAUAACGCCGGGCUGCCACGAGGACGCCGACUGCUCGAGGGGUUCGUUCUGCGUCCCCCUCGAGGACGGGAGCGGGCGCGAGUGCGUGAACCCGUGCAGCAAAGUGGUGUGCGGUGCCCAUCAGAGGUGCGAGCCCGACGCGAGCCCUGGCCACGCCACCUGCAAGUGUCAGGACGGUUACGAGUGGAACCCCGUGUCGUCGUCCUGCGAGAAACCCGCGGUCCCCGAUUGCAUAUCGGACGAGGACUGCCACGGGGCGGAAGCGUGCAGGCCCGACCCUCUCGGCGUGUUGAAGUGCGCCUCGGUGUGCCCCAGCUUCACCUGCGCCCCCAACUCUCGGUGCGUGGCGGAGAAGCAUCGCGGCCGUUGCGAGUGUCUGCCCGGCUUCGUGGGGAAUCCCAACGAUCGCCACGGUUGCCAGACGCGUAGGAGGGAUCGGUGCUCGACGGACGCCGAGUGCCCCGAGGAGCAGACGUGCAGGGGCGGCAAGGAGGGGCUUCUCGCGUGCCAGCCGGUGUGCGACUUCGUCUCGUGCGGGCCGAACGCUUUGUGCGUGGUGCACAAUCACGUGGCCAACUGCGAGUGCCCCCCAGGCCUGUACGCGGGCGACCCCAACGACGCCGUCCACGGUUGCAAGCCCGUCCCCUGCGUGUACAACGUCGACUGCCCGCCCGCGCAGCUUUGCAACAGGUUGACCCACUCCUGUUACGACGCCUGCGACGAGGACGCUUGCGGGGCGAACGCGGUCUGCAUAGCGGACGAGCACAGGGCGAUAUGCCAGUGUCCGCCCGGUUUGAAGCCGAAUCCGGUCGCCGAGGUCGAGUGCGUCGCGAUCGAGGCCUGCCACCCGAACCCCUGCCACGAGACGGCCGUCUGCGUCCCCGGCCCGUCCAACAACCCCGUGUGCCAGUGUCCGUCCAACUUCGUCGGGGAUCCUUACGCGAAGGGCUGCCAGCCGGAGGGCUACUGCGCCUCGGCCAAGGACUGCCCGGUGCACUCGGUUUGCCACAACCAUCGAUGCGCCAACCCGUGCGAGAACGCUUGCGGCCCCAAUUCUAUUUGCGACGUUAUAAACGGGCAACCGAGUUGCGAGUGCAUCCAUAAAUUCGUGCCAUCCUCGAAGGGGCCGCAGGAUGGUUGCGUUCGCGCCACUAAUUAUUGCAACGUCGAUGCCGAUUGCGAGGAGAGCGUAUGCCUCGAGGGACAGUGCAUAGCUGUGUGCAGAACGGGCGCCGAUUGUUCAGCGGGCGAAAAGUGCGCGAGCAACAAGUGCGUGGUUCCGUGUGUCACGCACUCGCAGUGCCAGACGGAGCAGACUUGCGUCAACGGAGCGUGCAUUUUGGGAUGUCGAAGCAACAAGAAUUGCCCGCCGACGGAGUCUUGCAUCAACAACAAGUGUCAAGAUCCGUGCAAAAGGAAGGAUGUUUGCGGCCCGAACGCGAUCUGUAGCAUCACCGAUCACGCAACCUCCUGCACCUGCCCCCUCGGCUUCCACGGGAAUCCCACGCCCCAACAGGGCUGCGUCAGAGUGCCGAACAUAUGCGAGGGUCCUCAGGAUUGCCCCAGUCAGCACCUGUGCGUGUCCGGAUUCUGCCAAUGCCAAUGCAGCGAGCCGAACAACUGCGCCGAGGGUGAACGUUGCAAGAAUGGAAUAUGCAUGAAGCUGUGCUACAGCGACAGCAACUGCCUGCCGGGGGAACUGUGCAUCGAUGGGGUGUGCGAGGUGGGCUGCACCUCCGACGUCGGGUGCAACGACAACGAGGUGUGCAUCAACAACAAGUGCAAAUGCAGCCACGGGUUUAUAGCUGGGCCGGAGCGCUGUUUGGACAUCAACGAAUGCGACGACCAUCCCUGUCACUCGAGCGCGGAUUGCGUGAAUCUUCGCGGAUCUUACCGUUGCGUGUGUCCCCAAGGAACGGCCGGUGAUCCCGUGGGGACCGGCUGCGCGAUCCCUCACCAAUGCACGUUGGACGCCGACUGCCCCGACUCGCAGGCGUGCAUCCAACACAAUUGCACCGAUCCCUGCUCCCUGGUCGACUGCGGCCUCAACACCGUUUGCUCCGUUUUCGACCACGCCGCGGCGUGCCAGUGCCAGCCAGGUUACAUCGGCGACUCGUCGGGAUGUUUCAAAGUGGAGUGCCUCUCCAACAACGAUUGCCCGACCGACAAGUAUUGCAAUCAGGACGCUAACAAAUGCGCCAGUCCUUGCAAUCAAAUGAAUUGCGGAUACGGCAACUGCAUAGCGUCCGACCACGCUGGAAUAUGCAAAUGUUAUCCAGGCUUCGAGCUGGCAGGCGAUAUCUGCGAGGACGUCGACGAGUGUUUGGAAAAUCCUUGCCACUCUUCCGCGGUUUGUCAAAACACGGAAGGCUCCUACACCUGCGUUUGUCCCCACGGAUUGGUCGGAGAUCCGUUCAAGUCGGGUUGCAAGCAGCCAGGGGACUGCUUCACCGACUUCGACUGCCCCAAUUCUGCCGCUUGCAUCGACAACAGGUGCACGAAUCCUUGCGACGCGUCGUCCGUUUGCGGAAGGAACGCCGAUUGUUUGGUCCGUGACCACGUUCCGUUUUGCAGAUGUCCCGGCCAGACUACCGGCAAUCCAGCGUCGGAGUGCGUCCAUUUGGAAUGCAAUUACCACAGCGACUGCGGUCCUUCCGACGCAUGCUUCAAUCACAAAUGCGUCGAUCCCUGCUCUCUCUCCAACGUUUGCGGCCAGGGAGCGGACUGCUCUCCUCUGAACCACAGCGCGGUGUGCACGUGCCAACCUGGUGGCACAGGUGACCCCAAUCUGGGCUGCACACCCGUCCAAUACUGCAAAUCGGAUUCCCAAUGCGCCACAGGCUCGGCUUGCAACGGAGGGAUAUGCACCGCGUUGUGCGGUAGCACGAGAGAUUGCAUAGGCGACCAGCUGUGCAUCAACGGCCUCUGCCAACCGACCUGCAAGAGCAACUCCAGUUGCCCCGAGUACCAAUACUGCCACAACAACAUCUGCGUGCAGGAACUGCGUUGCACGUCGAACGACGAUUGCCUCGAGGACGAGAGAUGCGUGAAGAACAACAUCGGCCAGGCGGAGUGUCGCAAAGCGUGCGACCUGCUGCUCUGCGGGCGGAACGCGGGAUGCAAGGCGGACGAUCACAUCGCGGUUUGCUCCUGCAAACCUGGAUUCUUCGGAAAUCCCAAGGACGAUAAGAUCGGUUGCCAGCCUAUCGAGUGCGAGGCGAACGAAGAUUGCACCGGGGAGAAGAUUUGCGACACCCACAAGUGUAGAAUCGCUUGCCUUGCCCGUAACCCCUGCGGGGUCAACGCAAUUUGCACGGCUGAGAAGCACGUUCAGAUUUGCACGUGUCAGCCGGGUUAUACGGGAGAGCCUACCCGCGGGUGCCAAUUGAUCGAUUACUGUCUGAACGAACCGUGCGCACCUGGCGCCCUGUGCGAAAACUCCAGGGGCUCUUACAAGUGUCACUGUCAACAGGGAAUGGUCGGGGAUCCGUACAACAGUGGCUGUCAACCACCGGUUGAGUGUCUACAGGACGAGGAUUGCCCGCUCACCGCCAAGUGUAUCAACGUGAACAAUGUGCCCAAAUGUUUCGAUGUUUGCUCGCGCACACAGUGCGGGCCGAACGCGGAUUGCACGACCACUAAUCACGCGGGCGCCUGUCAGUGUCGGCCCGAUUACGAGGGCGAUCCGAACAAUCUAAGUGUAGGGUGUCGGCCUAAACCGGUUAUUUGUUCGUCAGCCGCGGACUGCUCGCCCAAUACCUACUGUUACGAGGGCAUCUGUCGACCGUCCUGCCAAUCGGACGAGGAAUGCAACUUGUCAGACGUGUGCUUGAACGGACAAUGCCUCGAUCUUUGCAACGUGAGAGCCGCGUGUGGAAUAAAUGCGGAAUGCGACGUGAGGAGUCACAUUAAGCAGUGCAGCUGCCCACCUGGCUUCACCGGCAAUUCGGAAGUGGAAUGCGUGAGAUUGCCAGUGUCCUGCAGAGACACCAACGACUGCAACGACGGGAACACGUGCCGCGACAACGUGUGCCUGCCGAUCUGCUCCAGCGACAACGAGUGCGCGUUCAACGAGAAAUGCGUUCGUGGAAACUGUUUGCUCACCUGCAGAUUGGACAACGACUGUUUCCUGGGCCAUAUAUGCUUGCACAACAUGUGCACGUUCGGUUGCCGGGCGGACGAGGACUGCAACGCGAACGAGGCGUGCAUCACGAACAAGUGCACCAAUCCCUGCGAGGCGACCCCUUGCGGGCCGAACGCCAAGUGCACGGUGUUCAAUCAACGGGCCACUUGCUCGUGCCCAUCCGGCUUCAUACCGAACCCAACCGCGAAAGUUGCCUGCCUCAGGUCGCCCGGGCCCGUCUGCCAAGCGAACAGGGACUGCGCCACAGGCACAGCUUGCAUAGGGAACGUUUGCACCCCCGUCUGCUCCACGGAUCUGAAUUGUCUGAGCAACGAGCGGUGCGACCCCUCCGGAAUUUGCAAAUCGUUGUGCAGAAGGGACGAGGAUUGUCGAAGCGGGGAGAUCUGCGAGGGCUUGGUGUGCGUGAUCGGGUGCCGCGCUGACGUCGAGUGCCAAGAGAGUCUCGCUUGCUUGAACAACCAGUGUCGAGAUCCUUGCUCUCUUCCCGACGUGUGCGGAGCGAACGCCAAGUGUGCGGUCGUGAGUCAUCGGAAGGUGUGCUCGUGCCCGCCACCGUUGAUAGGGGAUCCCCUGAUCGGCUGCAAACAGGCGUUCUUGCCCUGCAACACGGAACAGGAAUGCGCGACCGGCCAGACUUGUUACGGAAGAUCUUGUUACGCCACGUGUAGAAGUGACGCCAAUUGCUUGAGCGACGAACGAUGCGACGGGGGAAUAUGCAAGGCUAUAUGCAACAGCGACGAUCACUGCGUGGCCAAUCAGAUCUGUCAGAACAGAUUAUGCGAUAUCGGAUGCCGCGGCGAUAACACUUGCCCAAAUGACGAGUCUUGCAUAAACAACAAAUGUAAAAAUCCUUGCGAGGAUGGCAAAGCUUGCGGCGAAUGCGCGGGUUGCCGCGUGGCGAAUCACGUGGCGCAAUGCAGUUGUCCGGCCAAUUAUUAUGGGAAUGCAUUGAUCAGUUGCUCGAAAUCCAUGAUCCCCUGCGACGGCGCUUGCGAAUGCGACGAGGUCGGUUUCUGCACCAAGAGUUGCCACGGCCAGGACCAGUGCUCGUGCGGCGAGGUGUGCCAUUCGGGAAAAUGUCGCGUCAAGUGUGACGUUAACAACUACUGUCCAAAGGGAUACGUUUGCGACGAGGGGCUGUGCCUGGUCGGUUGCCGCACGCAUUCCGACUGUCCGUCCUCCCUAUCUUGCGUCAAUGGCCAGUGCGAGGAUCCGUGUUCGGCAAACGGAUCGCCGUGCGGAAUCAAUGCUCUGUGCCGCGUGUCGAAUCACAGGGCGGUUUGCCUGUGCCCGGAAGGGUUCCAAGGGGAGCCAAGCCAAGAGUGCUACCAAUUGGAGUGCCACCGGGACGAGGACUGCGAGGCGAACAAACGGUGCAGCGAGGACGGGGUAUGCACGAAUCCCUGCCUCCAGCAUGGCGUGUGCGGGUUCAACGCGCAAUGCAGGGUGGUUAGCAGGAAGGCGCAGUGCUCUUGUCCGCCCGGCCACUAUGGGAAUCCUCAGAUCAACUGCAAGAAAGGCGGGGACGAGUGUCUGAGAAGACCUUGUGGCGUGAACGCCAAGUGUAGGGAAACAUUGAACGGAUUUGAGUGCACCUGCGACCCCGGAUGCCACGGCGAUCCUCACCAAGCCUGCAUCUGCGACGGAGGGGAACCGUGCAAGGAUAUGCGUUGCGGCGUGAACGCCGCCUGCAGGAUUUACAAGAAUCAACCGCAAUGCUACUGCCCCUCCAACUACCCUUCUGGAGAUCCGAUGCACGCUUGUAGCGCGGAAAAGAGCUUCGAUUGUCGCACGAACGGAUGCGGUAAGGGAGCCGAGUGCAUACGGGACGGUGCGAUAUUCGUGUGCAGGUGUCCACCUGGUACCAGUGGAUCGCCGGAUAUCGAGUGCACGACAGAGCGCGAAUGCACCAGCGAUCUCGAGUGCCCGAACGAAAAGGCCUGCAUAAAUCUGCAAUGCGUGGACCCGUGCGGUCUCCGUGGCGCCUGCGGGAUCAACGCCCUGUGCCGUGUGGUUCUGCACAAACCGCGAUGCUCCUGCCCCCAGUGUUAUAUCGGUAUGCCUCACACGGCCUGCCACCCGGACCCGAAAUGCGAAACGUUGAAUCCGAGACCGACGCCGAACAUCGGUUGCUCGUCGGACCGCGACUGCCCGGAGAGCUUGUCGUGUCACACUCGCACCGGCGAGUGCCGUGACCCGUGCCUCAGCUCCCGGUACACCUGCGAGGUGAACAAGAGGUGCCAGGUGCGGAACCACAGGCCCAUGUGCGUGUGCAAAUACGGUUUCGUCGUGAACGAGGUCGGCGAGCUGACGUGCGCCCCGGACACGUUGACGUGCACCAGGGAUUUCGACUGCCCGUCGAACGCCGCGUGCGUGAACGGGAAAUGCCAGAACCCGUGUAACGUGAGAAAGAAAAAGCCGUGCCCGGCUGAAAAAACCUGCGACGUCCUGGACCACCGUCCCGUCUGCAUAUGCACACAAAACUGCAAUCCCUCCCUCUCCAUUUGCCUGCGAGACAGUGGCUGCUCUCCAGACUUGGCGUGCCGCAACUAUCGCUGCGUGGACCCAUGCAGAAACUCCACCUGUCCGGCUGAUGCCCCCUGUUACGUGGAGGAGCACAAGCCUAUCUGCAAGUUCUGUCCCCCCGGCUUUGUGCCAGAUAUUAAAUACGGAUGCAUGAAAGUCCACCACACGACCGAACAUUUCUGCGAGUCCGAUGACGAAUGCAGCGACACAAAAGCCUGUGUCCUAGGAUCCUGCACUGAUCCUUGCGUCGACCACUGUCCUGUGGCAGUUCGAUGCCUGGUUAAAGCGCACAGGCCUGUUUGUUGCAACGAACACGAUUACACAGACACCACAACUAUGCGAACAACAUCUGUUUUCGAAUGUACGACACCAGGAACCGUAGCGUAUACUUCAACUGUUCAAAGCGAAGAAAGUACAACAAUUUCGUAUUCGAGUACCGAGUCCACGACUCAAGUGGUCGUUGAAACUUCUGUCGUCGAAGAAAGUACUCCCACAUUCACGACGAGUGAAUCGACUUUGCCCAUCACGACGACAAGUAUCGAGAGUAUGGAGAGUACGACUAGUUUUUCAGAAGCAUCUACCGUUAAAGAUAUUUCUGAGACGACUACCGAAGUUGUUCCAACUGUGAGUGAUAUCGAGAUGGGUAAUGAGACUACUUCCGUAUCUUAUACUUAUGGUACAGAAUACAUUUCGACUAAUGAAAUGACGUUUACCACGGAAUUACCGGAAACGACUAUAAGCAGUAAAGUAACCGAACCAAGUAAAGUUUAUAUAGUCACCCCUGUUUAUCCUUCGGAAAACGCGACUAUACCAAAAUCGGGAGAAGUAUUUACAGUUACUCCGAUAUACGUGAAUGAAUAUACUACGGAAAUGCCGAGAGUUACUACGGAAUUCACCAAUAUAUCUAGUGAAAGUAGUUCCACACAGAAUGUUACGUUUGAAGAAACUAGUAUUGAGAUGGUUACUGAGAAUUUAGAGACGACGGAAAGCGUAACAUUGAUUACUGUGACGGCACAGUAUCCUUUGAAACAUAAAACAACGAUUGAACAAUUCACGGAAUUGCCUCAAAUUACGGAACAAUAUAGUACAAAAUCAUUCUCACCAAUGGGACAAUUCACUACAGAGAAAAUGGGAACAACUACACAAUAUUCUACGGAGCAAUCCUCAGAAACUGAACAAUCUAGUGAAAAAUCUGCAACAGAAUUUUUGACGGAACAAUAUUCAACAACGCAAGAAUAUCCUACUGAACGCCAAUCAACAACACAGUACUCAACGGAGAAGAUUUCGACAACUAUACAAUAUUCAACCCAACAACCCUCGACAAUUGUAUAUUCUACGGAAAAGGUGCCAACAACUGAACGAUAUUUCACAGAACAGCCGCAAACCACACAAUAUUUAACAGAAAUCCCUUCAACAACUGUACAAUAUACGACGCAACAAUAUUUAACAACUAAAUAUACUACGGAAUUACCUUCAACAACUGAGCAAUAUAUUACGGAACAAUUACCAACAACGGCAAAACAAUCAACAGAAAUGACUUCAACAACUACACAAUCCUCAACAACUGAAUUUUCUACGCAUCUUCCUCUAAUAACUGAACAAUAUUCCACAGAACAACCACUAACAACACAAUAUACAACACAAUAUUCAACAGAAAUACCCGAAACAACUAUACAACAUACUACGGAACAACUUUUAACAACAGAAUAUUCUACAGAAUUUUUUUCUCCAACAAGUAAAUAUUCUACAAAAAAAAUGCCUCCAACUGAACAUUUUACCGAAUUGCCUACAACAAUUGAAUAUUCUACUGAACUAUCUUCAACAACUAAAUACUCUACAGAAAUGCCUUCAACAACUAAAUACUCUACAGAAAUGCCUUCAACAAUUAAAUAUUCUACUGAACUGCCUUCCACAACUCAGAAAUAUUCCACAGAACUGCCAUCAACAACUAAAUAUUUUACAGAGCUAUCUUCAACAACUGAAUAUACUACAGAAAUGCCUUCAACAAUUAAAUAUUCUACUGAACUGCCUUCCACAACUCAGAAAUAUUCCACAGAACUGCCAUCAACAACUAAAUAUUUUACAGAGCUAUCUUCAACAACUGAAUAUACUACAAAAUUACCUUCGACAAUUGAAUACUCUACUGAAAUACCAUCAAUAUCUCAAGAAUAUUCCACAGAAGAAUUUCGAACAACAACAGAAUAUCCAAAAGAAAUAUCUUUAACAACUACGCAACAUAUUAUCCAACAGUUCUCAACAACUGAACUUUCUACUCACAUUUUUUCGACAACUGAGCAAUAUUCUACUGAACAACCUCCGAUCACAAUACCAUAUUCAACAACAGAACAACAUUCAACGACUGAAUACAUUACCGAACAAUCUCAGACAACACUACAACAUUCUACGGAAACUUCUACGGAACAAUCUUCUACAAUAAGCAAAUAUUUUACUGAACAACCAGCGACCACCAUACCAUAUUCAACAGAAAAGUCAACCAUACAAUAUUCAACAGAACAUCUUUCAACGACUGAAUAUAUUACCGAACAACCUACAACUGAACAAUAUUCCACACAACAACCUCAGACAACACUACAAUAUUCUACGGAACAAUCUUCUACAAUUAGCAAGCAUUUUACUGAACAACCAUCGACUAUAAUACCAUAUUCAACAGAAAAAUCAACCAUACAAUAUUCAACAGAACAACUUUCAACGACUGAAUAUAUUACCGAACAACCUACAACUGAACAAUAUUCCACACAACAACCUCAGACAACACUACAAUAUUCUACGGAACAAUCUUCUACAAUUAGCAAGCAUUUUACUGAACAACCAUCGACUACAAUACUAUAUUCAACAGAAAAAUCAACCAUACAAUAUUCAACAGAACAACUUUCAACGACUGAAUAUAUUACCGAAAAACCUACAACUGAACAAUAUUCCACACAACAAUCUCAGACAACACUACAACAUUCUACGGAAACUUCUACGGAACAAUCUUCUACAAUUAGCAAGCAUUUUACUGAACAACCAUCGACUACAACAGAACAACUUUCAACGACUGAAUACAUUACCGAAGAACCUCAGACAACAUUACAAUAUUCUAUGGAAACUUCUACGGAACAAUCUUCUACAAUUAGCAAGCAUUUUACUGAACAACCAUCGACUAUAAUACCAUAUUCAACAGAAAAAUCAACCAUACAAUAUUCAACAGAACAACUUUCAACGACUGAAUAUAUUACCGAAAAACCUACAACUGAACAAUAUUCCACACAACAAUCUCAGACAACACUACAACAUUCUACGGAAACUUCUACGGAACAAUCUUCUACAAUUAGCAAGCAUUUUACUGAACAACCAUCGACUACAAUACUAUAUUCAACAGAAAAAUCAACCAUACAGUAUUCAACAACGCAACUUCCAACGACUGAAUACAUUAUCGAACAACCUCAGACAACAUUACAAUAUUCUACGGAAACUUUCACGGAACAAUCUUCUACAAUUAGCAAGCAUUUUACUGAACAACCAUCGAUUACAACAGAACAACUUUCAACGACUGAAUACAUUACCGAAGAACCUCAGACAACAUUACAAUAUUCUAUGGAAACUUCCACGGAACAAUCUUCUACAAUUAGCAAGUAUUUUACUGAACAACCAUCGACUACAAUACCAUAUUCAACAGAAAAAUCAACCAUACAAUAUUCAACAGAACAAUUUUCAACGACUGAAUAUAUUACCGAAAAACCUACAACUGAACAAUAUUCCACACAACAAUCUCAGACAACACUACAACAUUCUACGGAAAUUUCUACGGAACAAUCUUCUACAAUAAGCAAGCAUUUUACUGAACAACCAUCAACCACAAUACCAUAUUCAACAGAAAAGUCAACUAUACAAUAUUCAACAGAACAUCUUUCAACGACUGAAUACAUUACCGAACAACUUACAACAAAACAAUAUUCCACGGAACAACCUCAAACAACAUUACAAUAUUCUACGGAAACUUCAACAAUUAGCAAACAUUUUACUGAACAACCACCGGUCACAAUACCAUAUUCAACAGAAAAAUCAACCAUACAAUAUUCAACGGAACAAUUUUCAACGACUGAAUACAUUACCGAACAACCUACUACUGAACAAUAUUCCAUAGAAUAUCCACAGACCACAUUAAAUUAUACUACGGAACAAUCUACGAUUAGCGAAUAUUUCACCAAACAACCACCGAUCACGAUACCAUAUUCAACAGAAAAAUCAACCAUACAGUAUUCAACAGAACAAUUGUCAACGACUGAAUAUAUUACCAAACUACCUACAACUCAACAAUAUUCGACGAGGUAUCCACAAACUACACUGCAAUAUUCCACGGAGCAACUUUCAACAACAGAACUACACAUUACAGAGUUAGAACCAUUCACCACCGAAUCAUACACUACUCUAACAGUACCUAUAAUAACUCUAGGACUUUGCAAUCAAACCGUCGUCAAUGGUUCCGAAUGUAAAAUCUGUUUGAACGGCACGUGUCAACGGCUCGUAUGCUUCAAUCUAAGGAGUCAGAGUACACCUUAUUGUUGCAUACUCCCAGAUACCAAAUGCAAAACACAUGAUGACUGUCUCUCUCAAUUGGCCUGCAUAAACGAUCAAUGUCUGAAUCCGUGCACUGUUCACAAUCCAUGUGACUUCGUGGAAGUCUGCCAUGUCCAAGAUCACAGACCUGUUUGCGUGAAAGAGAUGACAAACGAAACAAACUGUCCUUAUUGUCCACCAGGAAUGGAGUGCGAUCCAGCGACGUAUACUUGCGUGAAAGCGGGUUGCACUAUCCACAAAGAUUGUCCGCUGACAGAGGCGUGCAUUGAGGGCACUUGUCAGGAACCGUGCCUGGUUUGGAAUCCUUGCGCUCAAAACGCGAUCUGCGUUAACACCAAUCACCGUGCGGAUUGCAGCUGCGAGGAUGGUUAUCAUGGGAAUGGAUUCAAUUACUGUGAACCAGAGGAAGAAGGUAGAAACGUGUGUCAGUACAACGAGGAUUGUCCGUCAUAUAAAUUUUGCGACCGUCUCAACAGGAAGUGCAUCGACCCUUGCCUGAAGACAGAUUGCGGUCUGAACGCGAGUUGUUAUCCGGAGAAUCAUCAAGCACAAUGCAAGUGCUUGCUCGGAUUCCAAGGAAAACCUUACGUUGGUUGCACGCCAGUGACCACGGAUCCAUGUGUUCCAAACCCUUGCGGUUUGGACGCGAUGUGCGAGAACGAUAACGGCAAUCCGAUAUGCUUCUGUCCUAAGGGAUUGACUGGAAAUCCUUUCGAGCAAUGCAUACCAGAAGGUGAUCAAUGCCAAGAAAAUCUGUGUGGUGUCAAUUCCGGUUGCCGCGUGAUAUCAGGGCAAGUGAGAUGCUUCUGUUUACCAGGAUACGAAGGAAAUCCUCCUGAUUCUCCUUGCACGCUUCCCAACAAUCCUUGCGAACCGUCUCCUUGUGGACCUAACACUCAAUGCACGAUACUGAACAACGGUUUAGCGAAGUGUACUUGCCUACCAGGAUAUAUCGAGAGUCCAAAUACAAUCAGAGGAUGUGUACCUAAAUCUGAUCAAUGUAAUCCUAAUACUUGUGGUCUGGGUGCUGCGUGCGAUUCGAGUAGAGUGCCUCCUUGUUAUUGUCCGGAGCACACUGUUGGAAAUCCUUACCAGAGCUGUGCAGUACCUCCAAGUGACGUAUUCGAGCCUUGUUUAUUGGUGCCAUGUGGAAAAAAUGCUAUUUGUGUCGAGGAACACGGUGUCCCCAAAUGCAAGUGUGUUCCACCAUUUAUUGGGAAUCCGUACAUAGACGGUUGUGAAGCGGAGUGCGUUGUGAAUCAAGAUUGCGACAAUCAUCUCGCCUGCUUCAAUCAGCAUUGCAGGGAUCCUUGUCCAGGUGUCUGUGGUUCCAAUGCGAAAUGUGAAGUAAUCAAUCACGUGCCGGUUUGCUCUUGUUUGCCUGGCUAUACUGGGGAUCCAUUUGAUUCUUGUAAAGCCGAGAAAUCUGUACUCCCAGCUCAGAAUCCUUGCAUGCCAUCACCUUGCGGACCACACAGCAUUUGUCGCAUGAUGAACGAUCGUGCAGUCUGUUCGUGUAGUCCAGGAUACCAUGGAUCACCGCCAUCUUGUCGUCCAGAAUGUUUAGUCAGCUCAGAAUGUCCUGCACAUUUGGCAUGCAUCGGUCAGAAAUGUGGAGAUCCUUGCCCUGGCCUUUGCGGGCAGAACGCUUUGUGUCAAGUCGUCAAUCAUAAUCCUAUUUGCAGCUGUCCUCCAGAAUACCUCGGUGAUCCUUUCUCAUAUUGUGUUAAAGAAGAUAUACCACUGCCAAGUCCAAAGAAUCCUUGUCUGCCAUCACCCUGUGGCCCGAACGCCGAGUGUCGCGUGCAGGAAGACCACCCUGUUUGCACGUGUAUUAGCGGAAUGUUUGGCGCACCACCGAAUUGCAGACCCGAAUGUCUGAUACAUCAAGACUGUCCAAAUUACCUCGCUUGUGUUCAGAAAAAAUGCGUGAAUCCUUGCGUUGGUUCUUGUGGUUUCAAUACGAAUUGCACCGUGCAUAAUCAUCGUCCCAUGUGCCAAUGUUACGAGGGUUACGAGGGGGAUCCAUUCUCUGGAUGUAGUAAAGUUACAUUCCCAGUACCACUGCCAUGCGAUCCAUCUCCAUGUGGUGCAAACGCAGUUUGCAAAGAACGAAACGGAGCUGGCUCGUGUACCUGUUUACCCGACUACACUGGAGAUCCUUAUGAAGGAUGUAGACCAGAAUGUGUUCAAAAUUCAGAUUGUGUUCACACGAAGGCUUGUAUAAAUAACAAAUGCAAGGAUCCAUGCGUGGGUGCUUGUGGUAUAAAUGCUCAAUGCCAAGUGAUCAAUCAUCAACCCUCGUGCAGCUGUCUUUCUGGUUACACUGGAGAUCCUUUGAAAUCCUGCCACAUACCACCUGUAACACCACUGCCUGGUGACCCAUGCCAGCCAUCUCCAUGUGGUCCGUAUAGUAAUUGUCGCGUGAUCGAUAAUCAUGCAGUUUGUUCCUGUCAACCAAAUUACGUUGGUAAUCCUCCACAAUGUAGACCAGAAUGUGUCGUUAGUACAGAUUGCACUCAGAACACGGCUUGCAUCGAUCAAAAAUGCAAAGAUCCAUGUCCAGGGACUUGUGGCCAAAAUGCUGAUUGUCAGGUCAUCAAUCAUAAUCCGGUGUGCAGUUGCACUUCUGGAUACACCGGAGAUCCAUUCUUUGGAUGUGUUAAAGAACCGGAAGGAAAGCAACCUGGACCGGAACCGAGUGGCAAUCCAUGCAUUCCAUCACCGUGUGGACCGAAUUCUCAGUGUCGCGUGAUCGAUGGUUUCCCAGCGUGUUCUUGUCUACCGAAUUAUGUGGGCAGAGCACCGAAUUGUCGACCGGAAUGUGUCAUCAACGAAGCAUGUCCUGGAAAUCUUGCCUGUCAGAAUGAACAGUGCGUGGAUCCUUGCCCAGGUUCUUGUGGAGUGAACACUUAUUGUAAUGUCGUAAAACAUAAUCCUGUUUGUAUUUGCAACACUGGAUACACUGGCAAUCCAUUCACCGAAUGCGUACCUAUAAUGGAAGAACCCACUACAACCGAACAACCUCGUACACCAUGCAAUCCAUCCCCAUGUGGAGCGAACGCGAUCUGCAACGAAAGAAAUGGUGUCGGAUCUUGUACUUGUCUUCCAGAAUACAUCGGUGACCCAUACAUAGGAUGCAGGCCAGAAUGUGUCACGAACACAGAUUGCGAUCGUAGCAAGGCUUGCUUGAACAACAAAUGCGUGAAUCCUUGCCCUGGCACUUGUGGACAAGGAGCAACAUGUCGAGUGAUCAAUCAUGCUCCUUCCUGCACCUGUUUACCUGGUUUCACUGGAGAUCCUUUCAACGCUUGCACUGAAAUAGAAGUGACACCAGAACCAUUACCGCUCAAUCCUUGUGAACCAUCACCUUGUGGACCGAAUAGCAACUGUCGCGUGCACAAUGGACAUGCGGUCUGUCUUUGUCAACCAGGAUUCGUCGGUGUUCCUCCUACAUGUCGGCCAGAAUGUAUAGUGAGCUCUGAGUGUCCUCAGAACAAGGCUUGCAUCGAGAACAAAUGCGCAGAUCCUUGUCCAGGUUCCUGUGGAUUGAACACUAAAUGUUUGACGGUGAACCACAAUCCCAUUUGCACUUGUACAAAUGGAUACACUGGUGAUCCACUUGUUCAGUGUACUAGGUCCAACGCGACACAGCCACCGUUCAAGCAUCUUGGAAAUCCAUGUUCACCUAAUCCUUGCGGAUCUAAUUCUCAAUGCAGAGUGAUUGGUUCUCAGCCUGCAUGCUCCUGCCUGUUGAACUUUAUCGGUCGUCCUCCAAAUUGUAGACCAGAAUGCGUUGAUAAUUCGGAUUGCUUCCAUUCGGCUGCUUGUAUAAACCAGAGGUGCAAAAAUCCUUGUAUUGGAGCUUGUGGAGAAAUGGCCAGAUGCUCGGUUCAGAAUCAUGUUCCUAUUUGCACUUGUCCUGAGGGAUACGAGGGAGAUGCUAGUGUUCGUUGUGUCUUGGCACCUCCACCAACAACGGAUAUAAGCGUAGCAAAUCCAUGUUCCCCGAAUCCAUGCGGUCCAAAUGCUCAAUGUCGCGAAAGAAAUGGUGCUGGAGCCUGUGCAUGUCCACCAGAUCUUAUUGGAGAUCCCUAUGAUAAUGAAAAGGGAUGCCACAGAGAGUGCGAAUCGAGCAACGAUUGUGCACCGCAAUUGGCUUGCGUUGGUUUCAAGUGUACCGAUCCUUGUCCAAACACUUGCGGUACGUUAUCCAUCUGUAACGUCCAGCAACAUGUUCCAGUAUGCACUUGUCCUCCAGAAUACACGGGAGAUCCAUACUUUGCAUGUGAAAUAAGAGAAACGACAAGAAUUCCAUUAGAUCCAUGCUCACCAUCACCCUGUGGACCGAAUAGUAAAUGUCGCGAGGUGAAUAGUCAGGCUGUUUGCACGUGUCUUCCGGAAUACAGAGGAAUUCCACCAAAUUGUAGACCAGAAUGUGUGGUGAACGCUGAAUGUCCACCUCAUCUAGCUUGUUUGAACAAGAAAUGCACUGAUCCAUGCCCGAAUACUUGUGGAGUGAGAGCACUUUGUACCACCAAGAAUCAUAAUCCUAUUUGUACCUGUCCUGUUGGAUUUACUGGAGAUCCAUUCUUCCAGUGCUCGCCUAUUCCAGAUAUUCCAUCGACUGAACGCCCACCAUCUUGCAGUCCAUCACCAUGUGGUCCGAAUUCUCUCUGUCAAAUUAUAUCCGGAAAUCCAGCAUGUUCUUGCUUACCAGAUUAUAUCGGUGUUCCUCCAGAAUGUAGACCAGAAUGCAUUUUGAGCUCUGAAUGCAAGAGUCAUCUUGCUUGUGUGAAUCAAAAAUGUAAAGAUCCUUGUCCAGGUUCAUGCGGUGUCAAUGCACAAUGUCAUGUGGUUAAUCAUAUCCCUGUUUGCACAUGUAUGGAGGGUUUCACUGGUGAUCCAUUCGCACAAUGCAGAGUGAUUCCUCCAACAACUAUGCCAACUGUCAGCGACCCAUGUAAUCCCUCACCAUGUGGACCAAACGCAAUAUGUAAAAAUGGCGACUGCGAGUGUCUACCAGAAUACAUUGGCAAUCCAUAUGAAGCUUGUCGACCAGAAUGCAUCUUAAAUUCAGAAUGUCCACGUGAUAAAACUUGUCUGAGAAACAAGUGCAAAGAUCCUUGUCCUGGAACUUGUGGACAGAACGCAAUUUGCGAUGUCGUGAAUCAUAUUCCUGUAUGCUCUUGCCUAGCUGGAUACAUUGGAGAUCCAUUCGUUAGUUGUCGUGAACAGCCACAUAUCAUAGAAUCUUCAAAGGAUCCAUGCUUACCCGUUUCACCGUGCGGACCAAACAGCCAGUGUCGCAAUAUUGAGAAUCAUGCAGUAUGUUCUUGUCUCCAAGGAUAUCUUGGAUCUCCACCAUCCUGCAGACCAGAGUGUGUGGUCAGUUCAGAAUGUCCACCCACUCGUGCUUGCGUGAAUAACAAAUGCACGGAUCCUUGUUUGGGUUCUUGCGGUUUGAACGCCAGGUGCGAAGUGAUCAAUCACUCGCCGAUCUGUAGCUGCCUUCCUGGUCAAACUGGAGAUCCAUUCAAGAGCUGCUAUGAUAUUCCACUACCACCAGAUUCCAAAGACACAGGAGAUCCUUGCAAUCCUUCACCCUGUGGGCCAAAUGCUCAAUGUCAAAAUGUAAAUGGCUAUCCAUCCUGUUCUUGUCUCCCUACUUACAUUGGAAUACCGCCAUCUUGUCGUCCAGAAUGUUUGAUAAAUCCUGAUUGUCCUUCAGACAAGGCCUGCAUAAACUCAAAGUGCACAGACCCUUGUCCAGGAUCCUGUGGAGAAAAUGCUAGAUGUCUGGUUGUCAAUCAUGCUGUCACUUGCUCGUGCCAAGUUGAUUAUACAGGAAAUCCUUUCGUCCAAUGCAUCGAGUUGGAAAAAGAACCUAUCAAUCCAUGCGAACCUUCACCUUGUGGUCCAAACGCAAUUUGUCAACAACGUGACAACGUAGGUGCAUGCAUCUGCAUCGACGAUUAUCAUGGAAAUCCCUACGAAGGCUGCCAACCAGAGUGUAUUCUCAGUUCAGACUGUCCAACCAACAAGGCCUGUGUUCGGAACAAGUGCGAAGAUCCUUGUCCAGGAGUAUGCGGGAUCCAAGCUCAAUGUUCUGUCAUUAAUCACAUUCCAACUUGCACUUGUCAACCUGGCUACGUGGGAGAUCCUUUCAACAUUUGCAGUUUACCGAUUAGUCGAGAAACAGAGCCUACUGUCAUCGAUCCUUGCAAUCCAUCUCCUUGUGGACCUAACAGCUUGUGCAGAGCAGUGAAGGAUCAGGCUGUGUGCACUUGUCAAGAAUCUUUCGUCGGUUUGCCACCCAAUUGCAAGCCUGAGUGUGUCGUGAACUCAGAGUGUCCUCAGAAUAGAGCUUGUUACAAGUACAAGUGUACCGAUCCUUGUCCUGGAACCUGUGGAGUGGGUGCUAAUUGCCGAGUGAUCAAUCACAAUCCUCUAUGCAGUUGUCCACAAGGAACUACAGGAGAUCCUUUCUCCAGAUGUUACCUUCAGCCAGUUGCACCACCACCACCAGUGGAUCCUUGCACCCCAAGUCCGUGUGGUCUUUAUGCAGAGUGCAGAGUAAUUGGUGAUCAAGCUGCUUGUUCUUGCUUGAAGAACUACAUAGGUCUUCCACCAAAUUGUCGUCCAGAGUGUGUCGUUAAUACAGAUUGCGCUUCAAAUCAAGCUUGCAUCUCAGAAAAGUGUAGAGACCCUUGUAUCGGAUCCUGUGGAGAAAAUGCAAAUUGUAGGGUGCAGAAUCAUAUUCCUGUGUGUCUGUGUCAACCAGGAUUCACUGGUGAUCCAUUCUCAUUAUGCUCUCCAAUAAUAGAACAACCGAAGCCAUCUAAAGAUCUAUGCAAUCCAUCGCCCUGUGGACCAAACGCAGAGUGCAACGAGGGAAUUUGCACGUGUCUUUCAAAUUAUUUCGGUGAUCCAUAUUCGUACUGUCGUCCAGAAUGCACUAUGAACUCGGAUUGUUCUCGAGUGAAGGCGUGUGUCAAUCAUUAUUGCGUGGAUCCAUGCGAGGGCACGUGUGGAACCAGUGCAAAAUGUGACGUAGUUAAUCAUAUUCCCAUGUGCAGCUGUCUUCCUGGUACCAGUGGGGAUCCAUUCACACUCUGUCGACCACAUGUAAUCGAAGAGCCAAGGAUACAACCGUGCACACCGUCUCCUUGCGGUCCAAACAGCAUCUGCAGAGUGGUGAACGAUCAUGCAGUUUGUUCUUGUCAAAGUGGUUUCAUGGGUAGUCCUCCUGCCUGUAGACCAGAAUGCGUAGUGAGUGCCGAGUGUCCACUGACACAAGCAUGUCUUGGUAAUAAAUGUCAAGAUCCUUGUCCAGGCACUUGUGGUCAGAACACUAAGUGUCAAGUAGUCAAUCACAAUCCGAUAUGCAGCUGUUCAGAAGGACACACUGGCGAUCCAUUUUCCAGGUGCUACCUGAUGCCCAAGCAACCACCAGCGCCAACCAAUCCAUGUCAACCAUCGCCAUGUGGACCGAACGCGGAGUGUCAAGUGCGAGGUGAUAGUCCAGCUUGUUCGUGUAUAGCGAAUUAUAUCGGUGUUCCGCCUAAUUGUAGGCCCGAGUGCACGAUCAAUCCGGAGUGUCCGCCGCAUUUAGCGUGUAUGCAAAAGAAGUGUCGCGAUCCGUGUGUCGGUUUGUGCGGUUCAAAUGCUCAGUGUUCGGUAGUGAAUCAUCAUGCGGUGUGCGCUUGCGCGGAAGGUUACACCGGAAAUCCGUUCAGCACUUGUGAGCCGGUCGUCAAGGAUAUAUCCCUAGACAUUAGGAAACCAUGCGAGCCUUCCCCAUGUGGUACCAACGCGAUCUGUCGCGAGAGCAAUGGCGUCGGUUCCUGUUCCUGUCUUCAAGACUACAUUGGUGACCCAUACGAAGGAUGCAGACCCGAAUGUACGCAAAAUUCCGAUUGCUCCAAGACGAUGGCCUGCAUGGGCCUCAAGUGCAGAGAUCCCUGCCCAGGAACCUGUGGAUUGCAAGCCUGUUGCGAAACGAUCAAUCACAUUCCAGCGUGUUCUUGCAACCCUGGAUACACGGGCAAUCCGUUCAACUAUUGUACCCCGGUUUCUGUGUCCCCUACCAUAAAAGAGUCAGACCCUUGUAACCCAUCCCCAUGCGGAUCAAAUAGUCAAUGUCGAACCGUGAACGAGCACGCUGUGUGCACCUGCUUGGCAAAUUUCAUUGGAACCCCGCCAAACUGUCGACCUGAGUGCGUGGUGAAUAGCGAGUGCUCAAGAGAACUUGCGUGCAUCGAUAAAAGAUGCAGAUCCCCUUGUGUGAAUUCGUGUGGUAUCAACACACAAUGCAAGGUGAUCAACCACAGCCCUAUAUGCAUCUGCAAUAUUGGAUAUACCGGUGACCCGUUCAUCAAAUGUUUCCCUGCUCCACAAUCGCCCAAGAAUGACUUUGACUUGGCUCCCAAAGAUCCGUGCAUGCCAUCCCCAUGUGGCAUGUACGCGGAAUGCAGAAAUAUUGGUGGCACACCUUCUUGUUCCUGUUUGCCAAGAUACAUUGGAUCUCCACCGACCUGUCGACCAGAAUGUCGUGUCAACUCCGAUUGUCCCAUGAAUCUUGCUUGCAUGAACGAGAAAUGCAGAGAUCCUUGUCAAGGAUCUUGUAGCAUUACGUCCUUAUGCACGGUUUACAAUCACGUGCCAGUAUGUACUUGUCCCGAACAAUACACUGGUGAUCCUUUCAGCAAUUGUUAUCCUGCUCCUAGACCAACUGAACCAACUAUCGUUGAUCUUUGUGCAUCAUCACCUUGUGGUCCAAACGCGCAGUGCAACGAUGGUGUUUGUACAUGUUUGGCAGAAUAUCAGGGUGAUCCUUAUGUAGGUUGUCGACCAGAGUGUGUAUUGAAUACAGAUUGUCCCCAAAAUCGAGCUUGUGUGAGAAACAAGUGUAUCAAUCCUUGUUCUGGUAUCUGUGGUCGAAAUGCAGAAUGUUUGGUAUAUAAUCAUAUACCUAUGUGCACUUGUCCUAGUGGUAUGAUUGGAAAUGCAUUCGUUCAAUGCAUUGUUCUUCAAGAUACCAUAUCAAGAAAUCCUUGUUCACCUUCACCCUGUGGACCAAAUAGUGUCUGUCGAGUGAUCAAUCAACAACCAGUUUGUUCCUGCGUAGCAGGAUAUCUCGGUGCACCACCUGCCUGUCGACCAGAGUGCACAGUCAGCUCUGAUUGUUCUUUAUCAGAAGCUUGUAGUAAUCAGAAAUGUGUAAAUCCUUGUCCUGGUUCUUGCGGAUUCAGUACAAUCUGCAACGUCGUCAAUCAUAAUCCUAUAUGCAGUUGUUUGCCCGGAUUUACAGGGGAUCCUUUCGUUCGAUGUAUUCUACAACCACCAGAGCCUACAAUACCACAAAAUCCAUGCGAACCUUCUCCAUGCGGGCCUAAUUCUCAAUGUAGAGUUGUCAACAACUCACCCUCUUGUUCCUGUUCACCAGAAUUUGUAGGCGCCCCUCCUAAUUGUAAACCAGAAUGUGUUAGUAAUAGUGAAUGUCCCAGUGAUUUGGCCUGCAUGAAUCAGAAAUGCAAAGAUCCUUGUCUUGGAUCUUGUGGAGUUAAUGCUGAAUGUCGUGUUGUCAGUCAUACACCCAUGUGUGUUUGCCCCAGCGAUUAUAGUGGCGAUCCUUUCAUACAAUGUAUACUUAGACCAUCUGUCCCUGAAAAUCUUUCUCCAUGUACCCCAUCUCCAUGCGGGUUCAAUGCGAUAUGCAAAGAACAAAAUGGUGUAGGCUCGUGCUCUUGUUUAUCCGAUUAUAUUGGUAACCCCUAUGAAGGCUGUCGACCUGAAUGUGUCGUUGAUACGGACUGUCCAUCCAUAUUGAGUUGUAUUUGCUCCAAAUGUCAAGAUCCAUGUCUAGGUACUUGUGGCACGAAUACAGAAUGUAAAGUUAUCAAUCAUCGUCCUGCAUGUACGUGCAUUCAAGGUUACAGUGGAAAUCCUUUCCACUAUUGUACCUUGAUUCGUGAAAUAGAAGAUGAAACAAAAUUCAAAGAUCCAUGCAAUCCAUCACCCUGUGGACCAAAUAGUCAAUGUCGCGUAGUAAAUGGCCAAGGUGUCUGCUCUUGUUUGCCACAAUACACAGGCACACCUCCCAUGUGUCGUCCAGAAUGUGUUCUGAACUCAGAAUGUCCUCAAGAUCGUGCAUGUGUCAAUCAGAAAUGCGUGAACCCUUGUCCUACUUCUUGUGGCACGUUCGCCACCUGUAUGAUCAGGAAUCACAGUCCAAUCUGUGCCUGCAGAGAAUUAUACACAGGAGAUCCAUUCACCAUGUGUUUCCCUAUUCCACAAGCUUUACCACCUAUAUCAGUCGAAGUUACACAACCAUGUUUGCCUUCUCCUUGCGGUCCAAAUUCCGAAUGUCGUGUAAUUAAUAAUGGUCCAUCCUGUCAAUGUCUAUCUACUUACAUUGGAAGUCCUCCAAACUGCAGACCAGAGUGUAUCAUCAAUUCUGACUGUCCUAGUAAUAGAGCUUGCAUCAGACAGAAGUGCACAGAUCCUUGUCUAGGAUCCUGUGGAGUUGGCACUCAGUGUAGCGUGAUUAAUCACGUACCUAUGUGUAUCUGUCUUCAAGAAUACACUGGAGAUCCUUUCACAAAUUGUUAUCCAAUGCCACCACAAUUGCCAUCCCCUGAAUCAGACCCCUGCAAUCCAUCACCCUGUGGACCAAAUGCUCAAUGCAAUACAGGAAUAUGCACAUGUUUACCGAAUUAUCAAGGUGAUCCGUACACUAGCUGUCGUCCUGAAUGUGUUCUCAACAAUGACUGUCCUUUGAAUAGAGCUUGUGUUCAAAACAAGUGUGUGGACCCAUGUCCAGGCACUUGUGGUAGGAACGCAAUUUGCAAUGUUCUGAAUCAUAUACCCAUGUGUUCUUGUCCAGCAGGAAUGGCUGGCAAUGCUUUCAUUUCCUGUGAAAAAAUCGAAGAACAAGUACAGGUAAAUCCCUGUAAUCCAUCUCCUUGUGGACCUAACAGUCAGUGCAGAGCUAUAAAUGGUCAGGCAGUGUGUUCUUGCGUGCCAGGAUUUCUUGGCAAUCCACCUAAUUGCAGACCAGAAUGUGUGGUUAGUUCAGAUUGUCCUAGGAAUCAAGCUUGCAAUAACCAGAAAUGCAUUGAUCCUUGUUCUGGUACUUGUGGCUGGAAGGCAUUGUGCCAGGUUGUCAAUCACAAUCCUGUAUGCAGUUGUCCUUCCGGUUUCACUGGAGAUCCUUUCUUUAGAUGUGAAUUUAUCACUGUGAGUCCACCACAGGAAGACACGUGCGCUUCUUGUCAAUGUGGUCCCAAUUCCAUAUUCCAAACGAUCAACGACAAACCGUCUUGUGCCUGUUUGCCCGAUUUUAUCGGUUCCCCGCCAAAUUGUAGACCAGAGUGCGUGAGCAAUAGCGAAUGCUCGAGUAAUUUGGCUUGCAUCAGUCGGAAAUGUAGAGAUCCUUGCCCAGGCUCGUGUGGUUCCAACACAGAGUGUCGAGUAGUCAGUCAUACACCGAUGUGCACCUGUUUAACUGGUUUCACAGGCGAUCCUUUUGUCCAGUGCAUACAGAAACGACCCGAGACCGAGCUCAUGCCACAAUCCCCAUGCAUCCCAUCGCCCUGUGGCCCGAACGCCAUAUGCAAAGAACAAAAUGGAGCCGGCUCAUGCACCUGUGCUCCAGAUUAUAUAGGAAACCCAUAUGAAGGAUGUCGACCCGAAUGUACAGUGAAUUCUGACUGUCCUUCGAACUUGGCCUGUAUUAGGUCCAAGUGUCAGAACCCUUGUCCCGGUACCUGUGGAUCAAAUGCUGAUUGCACGGUGAUCAAUCACCUGCCCAGCUGCACUUGUUUACCUGGAUUCACAGGAGAUUCUUUUGUGAAUUGUUACAUUCAACCGGCAGUUCUCCCUGAUCUACAAGAAAAUCCUUGUAAUCCCUCGCCCUGUGGACCCAAUAGUUUAUGCCGUGUGAAUAAUGGCCAAGCUGUGUGCUCUUGCCUAUCUGACUAUGUAGGCACUCCCCCUGGAUGUCGACCGGAAUGCGUAGUUAGCUCAGAAUGUCCUUUGAACAAAGCUUGCGUCAAUCAGAAAUGUACAGAUCCUUGUCCUAAUCGCUGUGGUACUAACGCAGAUUGCAGAAUCGUGAACCACAGCCCUAUCUGCGCUUGCAAACUGGAUUUCACCGGAGAUCCCUUCACCAGAUGUUUCCCUAUGCCAAAACCAUCACCAACUUUAAUUGAAAACCCUUGUGUACCAUCCCCUUGUGGCCCAAAUUCGGAGUGCCGUGAUAUCGGAGGUUCUCCUUCUUGUUCCUGUUUACAAAAUUACAUGGGCAGUCCACCGAAUUGUAGACCAGAGUGCACCAUAAACCCCGAUUGUCCCAGCAAUAGAGCAUGCAUAAAUGAAAAAUGCAGUGACCCAUGUCCUGGCUCUUGCGGAUUCGGCGCAAUUUGCAACGUAAUCCAUCAUACCCCUGCGUGCUCUUGUCCUGAAGAUUUCACUGGUGACCCAUUUAACAGCUGUCAACCAUUACCACCUGAACCAAUGAAGGAUGUUCCGUCAGAUCUUUGCAAUCCCUCACCUUGUGGUCCGAACGCAGAGUGCAAUAAUGGUGUCUGCACUUGCUUUCCCGAAUAUCGUGGAAACCCAUACGAACUCUGUCGCCCUGAAUGCGUGCUAAAUAACGAUUGUCCCCAGAAUAGAGCUUGUGUUCGCAACAAAUGUAUCGAUCCUUGUGUAGGAACUUGUGGACAAAACGCGAUUUGCAAUGUAUACAACCACGUUCCUAUGUGCAGUUGUCCUAAUGGAAUGUCUGGAAAUGCUUUCGUUCUGUGCAUCGUUUCGAAAGGUGCAUAUCCCAGUAAUUCUAUUUUAAUUAAUUUCAUCUUAAUCCUUUUUUCGAUUUGUAUAAUUCGAUGUUUCUUCUUAGAACCACUUGGAGCAGUAGAUCUUUGUAGACCAUCUCCUUGCGGACCCAAUAGUCAGUGUCGUAUUGUGAACCAACAAGCGGUUUGUUUUUGCGUUCAGGGAUACCUAGGAGCUCCACCAUCUUGCAGACCAGAGUGCGUGGUCAGUUCAGAUUGUCCACGAAAUCUGGCUUGUAAUAAUCAGAAAUGUAUCGAUCCUUGUAUUGGUACUUGUGGAUUGAGAACCCAAUGUCAAGUGGUGAAUCAUAAUCCCAUUUGUAGCUGUCUUCCGAGAUACUCUGGAGAUCCUUUUACCAGAUGUGAUCCUAUAAUUGAAACACCUCCUGAGCCUGUCAACCCUUGUCAACCAUCUCCCUGUGGACCAAACGCUCAAUGUCGUGUGGUGAACGACUCACCUUCUUGCACGUGUUUGCUAGAAUUUAUUGGAUCACCACCGAAUUGUAGGCCUGAAUGUGUUAGUAACAGCGAGUGUGCUUCCCACCUUGCUUGCAUGAAACAAAAAUGUCGAGAUCCAUGUUCUGGUGCUUGUGGAUCGAACACAGAGUGUCGUGUUGUUAGCCACACUCCUAUGUGUGUCUGCUUGAAUGGGUAUACCGGAGAUCCUUUCACUCAGUGUGUGAUUCAAGAACCCAUUCUUAUCGAAAACGAGUCACCUUGUACACCGUCACCCUGUGGAGCAAACGCGAUAUGCAAAGAGCAAUCCGGAGCAGGUUCUUGCACGUGUUUAUCAGACUAUAUUGGAAAUCCUUACGAAGGAUGUCGUCCAGAGUGUACCGUCAAUUCUGAUUGUAUCUCUAAUAUGGGUUGCGUACGUUCUAAAUGUCAAGAUCCUUGUCCAGGAACUUGUGGUCAAAAUGCAAUUUGUCAAGUAAUCAAUCAUUCACCAGCAUGUACUUGUACAUCUGGAUUCACUGGUGAUCCUUUCAGAUAUUGCAAUCCCAUUGUUCAAACGGAAUUAAUCCUAAAAGAGCCCUGCAAUCCAUCUCCCUGUGGACCAAACAGUCAAUGUCGCGCCGUGAACAAUCAGCCUGUCUGUACUUGCCUACCAGAAUAUAUUGGAAGUCCCCCAGGAUGUCGGCCAGAAUGUGUAACGAGUUCAGAAUGUCCAUUGAACAGAGCUUGCGUGAACAACAAGUGUGUAAAUCCUUGCCCUCAGCCUUGCGGGUCGAAUACUAAUUGUAUAGUGCUCAAUCAUAGUCCCAUAUGCAGUUGCAAGCAAGGAUUUACUGGAGAUCCUUUCAGUAGAUGUUUUCCUGUGCCACCACUUGCAUCUGGUCCGGUCAUUCAGAAUCCCUGCGUACCUUCACCCUGUGGACCAUACGCAGAAUGUCGCGAUAUUGGUGGUGUGCCAUCUUGUUCUUGCCUUAAAUCCUAUAUCGGUAGUCCACCAAAUUGUAGACCUGAAUGUACUAUCAAUUCCGAUUGUGUUAGUAAUCAGGCUUGCAUAAACGAGAGAUGUAGAGAUCCUUGUCCAGGUUCCUGUGGAUUAGCAGCUAUCUGUAACGUAAUUAAUCAUACACCAGCUUGCACAUGUCCAGAAGGAUUCACAGGAGAUCCUUUCAAUAAUUGUUACCUCAAACCAAUGGAAGAUCUAUCAAGACCUGCAGAUCCUUGUAACCCCUCCCCUUGCGGUCCAAACGCGUUAUGCAUAGAUGGUAGCUGUUCUUGUCUCUCAGACUAUCAAGGAGAUCCUUAUAUAGGUUGCCGACCAGAAUGUGUCCUCAACAACGAUUGUUCUUUAUCUCGAGCUUGCAUUCGCAAUAAAUGCGUAGAUCCAUGUCCCGGAACUUGUGGUGAAAAUGCACAGUGCAAUGUAUAUAAUCAUAUUCCUAUGUGCAGCUGCUUGCCUGGAAUGACAGGAAAUGCUUUUCUUUCUUGUCGUCCAAGUAGAGGCCCCGAAGAUCCAUGUAAUCCUUCACCCUGUGGAUCCAAUAGUAUCUGUCGCGUAAUAAACGAGCAAGCAGUAUGUUCUUGCGUGCCCAGUUUCAUAGGAACACCUCCUUCCUGUAGACCAGAGUGCACCGUAAGUUCAGACUGUCCAAAGAAUCAGGCGUGCAGCAAUCAAAGAUGUAUAAAUCCUUGCGCUGGUUCAUGCGGUGUCAUGGCUAAGUGUCAAGUGAUUAAUCAUAAUCCAAUUUGCAAUUGUCCAGCCGGUUUCACAGGCGAUCCUUUUGUGAGAUGCGAGCCUAAAAUUGAAAGGCCAGAAUUACCUAUUAAUCCGUGUCAACCAUCACCAUGCGGACCCAAUGCGAUCUGUCAAACGAUAAAUGAUUCACCUUCCUGCUCUUGCAUGCCCGAAUUUGUUGGAUUACCACCUAAUUGUAAACCUGAAUGUAUUAGUAACAGUGAAUGCGCUAGCAACUUAGCGUGUAUGAACAACAAAUGUAAAGAUCCUUGUUCUGGGUCCUGUGGAUCUAAUACAGAAUGUCGCGUUGUGAGCCACACUGCCAUGUGCGUGUGUUUGAUUGGUUACGAGGGCGAUCCAUUCAUUCAGUGUACUUUAAAACAGAGUAAGACAUUCUAUAGAUAUUUUGAAGACAAAUUGAUUUUAGUUUUGAAUAGCGAUAUUUAUUUCUUUCGAAUUUUAGCUGACAUACAACCGACUGUUUCUACUCCAUGUACUCCAUCACCCUGUGGUUCAAAUGCUAUUUGCAAGGAACAAGGUGGAGUUGGUUCAUGUUCUUGUUUACCCGAUUAUAUAGGCAAUCCUUAUGAAGGUUGUCGACCAGAGUGUAUCAUGAAUUCUGAUUGUGUAUCUACUCGCGCUUGUAUUCAUUCUAAGUGUCAGGAUCCUUGUCCUGGUGCCUGUGGUACGAAUGCCGAGUGCCAGGUUGUCAAUCAUUUACCACAGUGCAAUUGUUUUCCCGGUUACACUGGUCAGCCUUACCAAUUCUGUCAAUUGAUUACAACACAACUUGAAGAUAGGAAAGAUCCAUGUUCUCCAUCACCCUGUGGACCAAAUAGUAGAUGCCAAGUAAUUAAUGAUCAGGCAGUUUGUUCUUGUUUACCAGAAUUUACUGGUUCACCUCCAGGAUGUCGACCAGAAUGUGUAGUCAGUGCAGAGUGCUCAUCGAAUUUAGCCUGUAUUAAUCAAAAAUGCAUAAAUCCUUGUCCUGGACCAUGCGGUAUCAAUGCAGAAUGCAAUGUUAUUCAUCACAGUCCUAUCUGUGCCUGUAGACAAAGAUAUACUGGUGACCCAUUUAGUCGUUGUUUCCCUAUGCCAGAAUCUCCACCAGUUCCGGUACCAUUUAAUCCAUGUAUUCCAUCACCUUGUGGUCCAAACGCAGAAUGUCGCGAUAGCAAUGGCAUAUCUUCCUGUUCCUGUUUAUCAAAUUAUAUAGGAAGCCCUCCAAAUUGUCGUCCAGAAUGCACAGUAAACUCUGAUUGUUCUCUUAAUCAAGCCUGUAUGAGAGAGAAAUGCAAAGAUCCUUGUCCUGGUUCUUGUGGUACUUUUGCUCAGUGUACCGUAAUGAAUCAUGUACCAAUUUGUAGUUGUAUUGAAGGUUACACUGGAGAUCCAUUUACAAACUGUUAUCCUAAACCAUUACCACAACCAACAGUUUCUGAAGAUUCUUGUAAUCCAUCACCCUGUGGAUCAAAUACAGAGUGUAACAAUGGCAUUUGUACUUGUUUAGCCGAAUAUAGAGGAGACCCUUAUAGAGGAUGUAGACCCGAGUGUGUUCUCAAUACUGAUUGUCCCACGAAUCAAGCUUGUGUUCGUAAUAAAUGCAUUAAUCCUUGUGUCAACACUUGUGGACAGAGUGCCAUAUGCAAUGUCUUCAACCAUAUUCCUAUGUGCAGUUGUCCUUCAGGCAUGAGUGGCAAUGCUUUCAUACUCUGUUCCCCGAUUCAAGAUGUAGCUCCAGCAACGCCUUGUAAUCCAUCCCCAUGUGGUCAGAAUAGUCAAUGUCGUUCAAUAAAUGGCCAAGCAGUCUGUUCCUGCGUAUCUGGUUACAUAGGAAGUCCUCCAUCUUGUAGACCAGAGUGUGUAGUUAGCUCAGAUUGCUCCAAAAAUGAAGCAUGUAGUAAUUUAAAAUGUGUAAAUCCAUGUGUGGGAACUUGUGGUAUCCAGGCACAGUGUCAAGUCAUUAAUCAUAAUCCUAUAUGCAGUUGUCCUGCAGGAUUUUCCGGAGAUCCAUUCCUUAGAUGCAAUCCUAUCAUGGAAACGAAACCAGAAAUUAUAAACGUAUGCAAGCCAUCACCCUGUGGUCCUAACGCUCUGUGUCAAGUAAUAAAUGAUUCGCCAUCUUGCACUUGUCUACCAGGAUUUAUUAACUCUCCACCAAAUUGUCGUCCGGAAUGUGUCAGUAAUAGCGAAUGUUUGACUCAUCACGCUUGUAUAAAUCAAAAAUGCAAAGAUCCGUGUCCUGGUUCUUGUGGAGAGAACGCAGACUGUCGAGUAGUCAGUCAUACACCUAUGUGCGUUUGUUCCAUUGGAUAUACGGGUGACCCAUUUACGCAAUGCGUUCCAUUCCAAGAAUCGAUACCAACUUCUCCUUGCACGCCAUCACCUUGCGGCUCGAAUGCCAUUUGCAAAGAACAAAAUGGAGUGGGAUCUUGCGCUUGUUUGCCUGAAUACAUUGGCAAUCCAUACGAAGGAUGUCGACCAGAGUGCACUGUUAGUUCAGACUGUCUUUCGAAUCUCGCUUGUAUAAGAAACAAGUGUCAAAAUCCUUGUCCUGGAACGUGUGGACAAGAUGCCAUUUGUCAAGUGAUUAAUCAUUCGCCAACUUGCACUUGUGUACCCGGUUUCACGGGUGAUCCAUUUAGAUAUUGCCAACUUAUGAGAGAACCUGACAAAUCCGAAGAUGAGACAAACCCAUGUAUUCCAUCUCCCUGUGGGCCGAAUAGUCAAUGCCGUGUGGUUUCCGGUAACGCAGUAUGUUCUUGUCUACCAGAAUACACCGGAAGUCCUCCCUCGUGCCGUCCAAAAUGUGUCAUAAGUUCAGACUGUCCCUCAAAUAGAGCCUGCGUGAAUCAGAAAUGUGUAAAUCCUUGUCCACGACCUUGUGGACAGAACACUAAUUGUCUAGUCGUGAAUCACAGUCCAAUUUGUACCUGCAAAGAAGGAAACACUGGAAAUCCGUUUACCAGAUGUUUCUCUCUUCCAAUUCAACCAACGUUACCAAAUCUACCUCAGAAUCCCUGUAUACCAUCCCCCUGCGGACCAUAUUCUGAAUGUCGAGAUAUCGGUGGCGCCCCUUCUUGUUCCUGUUUAGCUAAUUAUUUCGGCAGUCCACCGAAUUGUAGGCCAGAAUGUACCGUAAACUCAGAUUGUCCAAGUGAUAGAGCGUGCAUUAGACAAAAAUGCACUGAUCCUUGUCCUGGAUCUUGCGGUUUAUCCUCACAGUGCACGGUUUUCAAUCAUGUUCCGGUUUGUACAUGUCUGGAGGGAUUUACUGGUGAUCCUUUCAGCAACUGUUCUCCUGCUCCACCCGUUGAAACGAUUUCUGAAGAUCCAUGCAAUCCAUCACCUUGUGGUCCAAAUGCACAAUGCAAUAAUGGUGUCUGUACCUGUUUGGCAGAAUAUCAGGGCGAUCCUUAUUUAGGUUGUCGACCAGAAUGUGUUCUUAAUACAGAUUGUCCUUUGACUCAAACUUGUCUACGUAACAAAUGUGUUGAUCCUUGUAUCGGUACUUGUGGUCAAAAUGCAGUUUGCAACGUGUACAAUCAUGUGCCAAUGUGCAGCUGUCCUGCUGGAAUGACGGGCAAUGCAUUUGUUUUCUGUAAUCCAUUCAGAGAUCCUCUUGUGACCAAUCCAUGUAAUCCAUCACCUUGUGGACCGAAUAGUCAGUGUAGAGAAGUGAAUGAGCAAGCUGUGUGCACUUGUAUCUUUGGUUUCGUUGGUAUUCCACCGACUUGUAGACCAGAAUGUGUAGUGAGCACAGAUUGUGGACCUACAGAAGCUUGCAUAAAUCAGAAAUGCAAUAAUCCAUGUAUUGGAUCGUGUGGAAUCAAGGCAAUUUGUCAAGUAGUCAAUCACAAUCCGAUUUGCAGUUGCCCUGUUACAAUGACUGGUGAUCCAUUUGUCAAGUGUAUUGAAAAACCAUUGGAAGUACCACCGCAACGGAACCCUUGUGAACCAUCUCCUUGUGGUCCAAAUGCGCAAUGUCAAGUUAUCAAUAAUUCCCCAUCGUGUUCUUGUUUGCCAGAAUUCACUGGUUCACCACCCAAUUGUAGACCCGAAUGUAUAAGCAAUAGCGAGUGUCCAAGUAACUUAGCAUGCAUCAAUCAGAAAUGUAGGGAUCCUUGUCCAGGUUCUUGUGGUGAGAAUGCUAUAUGCAACACAGUAUCUCACACACCAAUGUGCACAUGUUCUUCAGGAUACACCGGAGAUCCAUUCACUCAGUGUAUCUUGCAACAACUUAUCCCAAUGUACAUUCCUCAACCCUGUGUACCAUCUCCUUGUGGAGCAAACGCAAUCUGUAAGGAACGAAACGGAGCAGGAUCAUGCUCUUGCUUGCCAAAUUACAUAGGUAAUCCCUAUGAAGGCUGUCGGCCGGAAUGUGUGUUAAAUUCAGACUGUGUACCAAGCAAAAGCUGUGUUCAAUUUAAAUGCAAGGAUCCUUGUCCCGGCACAUGUGGUCAGAAUGCAGUUUGUCAAGUGAUCAAUCAUGUGGCUACUUGUAAUUGUUUGCCUAGAUUUACCGGAGAUCCUUUCAGAUUCUGUAGAGAAGAAGAGAUAGUUACUUUACCGAGCGUGAAAAAUCCUUGUCAACCAUCACCUUGUGGAGCAAACAGCAUCUGUAAAGAGAACAAUGGACAGGCAGUGUGCUCGUGUUUGCCUGAAUUCCGUGGUUCUCCACCAGGAUGUAGACCAGAAUGCGUGGCUAGCGCAGAAUGUCCUUUUGAUCGAGUUUGCAUAAAUCAGAAAUGCAUCGAUCCUUGUCCUGAUCCUUGUGGAAGAAACGCGGUUUGCAGAGUUAUCAAUCGUAAUCCUAUCUGUUCUUGCCAGCAAGGAUUUACCGGAGAUGCUUUCACUAUCUGUUUCCCUGUUCCACGUCCACCACCUGAAUCUUUAACACCUGUGCAACAAGAUCCUUGUCUUCCAUCUCCUUGUGGUCCAUAUUCGCAGUGUCGAAAUAUCGGAGGAAAUCCCUCUUGUUCUUGUUCGCCAUCUUAUAUCGGUGUUCCACCAAAUUGCAGACCAGAGUGCACGAUAAACGCAGAAUGUUUGAGUGCACUCGCUUGCAUUCGCGAGAAAUGCUCUGAUCCUUGUCCAGGAUCGUGUGGUGUUGGUGCGCAAUGCACUGUUCUUAAUCAUGUUCCAAUUUGUUCUUGUCUUGAAGGAUAUACUGGAGAUCCAUUUAGCAGCUGUAUUCCGAAACCAUUUAUAUCCGAAGAACCAGUGUUAGAUCCCUGUAAUCCCUCACCAUGUGGAGCAAACGCGCUUUGUCGUGAUAGCUCUUGCACGUGUCUUCCGGAAUUCCAAGGUGAUCCUUAUAGUGGUUGUCGACCAGAAUGUGUAAUGAAUACUGAUUGUGCCCGUGACAGAGCAUGUAUAAAAAACAAAUGCAUAGAUCCAUGCAUAGGAACUUGUGGACAGAACGCACAAUGCCAGACGAUUAAUCACAUUCCCAUGUGUAGUUGUCCUAUUGGCAUGUCCGGAAACGCUUUUGUUUCCUGUUCUCCAGUCCAGGAAGAUACAAUACAGAAUCCUUGCUCUCCAUCACCUUGUGGACCGAAUAGUCAUUGUCAAGAAGUAAAUGGAAUCGCAGUUUGCAAAUGUAUAGAAGGUUUUAUGGGCAAUCCACCCACUUGUCGGCCAGAAUGUAUUGUUAGUUCAGAUUGUGAGCUUUCCAAAGCUUGUGUCAAUCAGAAAUGCAAAGAUCCUUGUCCCGGAAGCUGUGGUGUGAGAGCAGAAUGCUCCGUGGUUAAUCACAAUCCCAUUUGCAGAUGUCCUCAAGGUCUGAGCGGUGAUCCUUUCGCUGCUUGUACCAUUAUAGUUGAAACAUCUCCAGAACCGAUCAAUCCGUGUUAUCCAUCACCUUGCGGUCCAAACGCUCAAUGUCAAAUCGUGAAUCAAGCACCCUCAUGCUCGUGUUUGCCAGAAUUCACGGGAUCCCCGCCGAAUUGUAGACCAGAAUGUGUUAGCAAUAGCGAAUGUUCAAUUAGACAGGCUUGUAUUAAUCAGAAAUGCAAAGAUCCAUGUCCUGGUUUAUGCGGCGCUAACGCUGAAUGCAGUGUUUUUAGUCAUACUCCGAUUUGCUCUUGUCGUACAGGAUUCACUGGAGAUCCUUUUGUUCAAUGCAGUCUCCUUCAAAUUACUGAAGAAAGACCUUCACCUUGUACACCAACACCAUGUGGUGCGAACGCGGUUUGCAAAGAAUCAGGAAAUGCAGGUGCUUGCUCCUGCUUGCCUGAUUACAUAGGAAACCCUUACGAGGGUUGCAGACCAGAAUGCGUCGUAAAUUCAGAUUGUACAGCGAAUCUCGCAUGCGUAAGAUCCAAGUGCCAGGAUCCUUGUCCAGGUGCUUGUGGUCCGAAUGCCAUGUGCAAUGCUGUGAAUCACUUGCCAGUAUGCAUUUGUAUACAGGGAUAUACGGGAGAUCCAUUUAGAUAUUGCAAUUUGAAUCCGAUGAAACAAGAAGAUGUGAUAGUGAAUCCUUGUAAUCCUUCACCUUGUGGACCAAAUAGCGAAUGUCGCGUGAACAAUAACCAAGCAGUCUGUUCUUGUAAAUCAUUUUAUCUUGGCAGUCCACCUAAUUGCAGACCAGAAUGUGUAGUUAGCACUGACUGCUCUCUGACACGAGCAUGCGUUAACCAGAAAUGCAUAGAUCCAUGUCCCAAUUCAUGUGGCAUGAAUGCUAAUUGUAGGAUUAUUAAUCAUAGUCCUAUUUGUUUCUGCAACAAUGGAUAUACUGGAGAUCCUUUCACUGCCUGCUUCCGUGCUCCUGUUCCUCCAGAAACUGCACCAACAGUGCAAAGAGAUCCGUGUUCGCCAUCACCAUGUGGACCUAAUGCAAUUUGCCAGAAUGUAGGUCAAACUCCAGCUUGCACUUGUUUGUCAAAUUAUCGUGGCAGUCCACCAAACUGCAGACCAGAGUGUACGAUCAAUUCUGAGUGUCCUAGUAACCAAGCAUGUAUACAAGAAAGAUGUAAAGAUCCCUGUCCAGGUUCAUGUGGUUUCAAUGCUCUAUGUAGUGUAUUCAAUCACGUUCCUAUGUGUUCAUGUAUCGAAGGGUACACUGGUGAUCCUUUUAGUCAAUGUAGUCAACAAGUGAAACCUCCUGAACCAAUAGAGACAGAUUUAUGUAAUCCAUCUCCAUGUGGACCUAAUGCUCAAUGCGAUAAUGGAAUCUGUACUUGUCUGCCCGAUUAUUAUGAAGAUUCGACUAUUGGUUGUCGACCAGAAUGUGUACUUAACAAUGAUUGCCCUAGAAACAAAGCUUGCAUGAGAAACAAAUGCGAGGAUCCUUGCAUUGGAACAUGUGCCAGUGAUGCAAUUUGUAAUGUAGUUAAUCAUGUACCAAUGUGCAGUUGUCCACCUGGUUUUGAAGGAAAUGCAUUUGCAUUUUGUCGUCCUGCUAUAGCCAAUGUUCCGUCUAAUCCGUGCAGUCCAUCACCUUGCGGCCCUAAUAGUCAAUGUCGAUCGAAUAAUGGCCAAGCAAUUUGCAAUUGCGUGUUAGGUUAUUUAGGAAAUCCACCGAAUUGUCGUCCAGAGUGUAUAAUUAGCUCUGAGUGUCCACCGAAUGAAAUUUGCACGAAUCAGAAGUGUAGAAAUCCUUGUAUCGGCUCGUGUGGUUUGGGAGCUCGUUGCACAGUUGCAAAUCGUAAUCCUAUUUGCCAUUGUCCUGAAGGAUUCACGGGUGAUCCAUUCGUUAGAUGUCUUCUACUUCCACCAAUUCCACCAAAACCGAUAAAUGUUUGCCAACCUUCACCUUGUGGACCCAAUGCUCAGUGUCAAAUAUCAGAAAAUUCACCUUCUUGUAUAUGUUUGCCCGAUUUUAUCGGUUCUCCACCGAAUUGCAGACCUGAAUGUAUCAGCAAUAGUGAGUGUCCGAGUUAUCAGGCUUGUGUGAACCAAAAAUGUAAAGAUCCUUGUAUUGGUUCAUGUGGAGAGAACGCACAAUGUCGUACUGUGAGCCACACACCUAUGUGCUAUUGUGAAACCGGUUACACUGGUGAUCCAUUCACACAAUGCUUCAUUAAGCCCAUCGAGGAUACAUCGAUAAAAGUAAAUCCAUGCUUACCUUCUCCUUGUGGGCCUAAUGCAAGAUGCACUGAAAGAAACGAUGUAGGCUCUUGCGCGUGUCUCUCGGGUUACAUAGGAAAUCCGUAUGAGGGCUGUAGACCAGAAUGCAUCCUAGACUCCGAUUGUUCACCCACUCGUGCUUGCAUCAAUUCAAAAUGUAUCGAUCCGUGUCCAGGAACGUGUGGAACCAAUGCAGAAUGUCGCGUAAUCAAUCAUCGAGGUUCUUGCACUUGUUUCUCUGGUUAUACCGGUGAUCCUUAUCAAUAUUGUUCUAUCCAACCUAUUGCUUCUGAUGUCCCUGCAAGUGAUCCGUGUGCAAAUGGCCAAUGCGGUCCUAAUAGUCAAUGUAGGGUGAUUAAUCAAGUGGCUGUUUGCUCAUGCAUGCCGAAUUAUAUUGGUACUCCUCCAGCCUGUAGACCAGAAUGUGUUACCAGUUCGGAAUGUACUAUUGACAAGGCGUGUAUAAAUCAGAAAUGCGUAAAUCCGUGUCCUACCUCUUGUGGAAAGAACUCUGAUUGCAGAGUGAUCAAUCAUGCACCUCUAUGUAAUUGCAUGAGAGGAUACACUGGUGAUCCGUUCUCUGUUUGUUUUCCUGUUCCAAUGACACCACCUGUUCAAUUUGAUCUUGUACCGAAAGAUCCUUGCAUUCCAUCUCCUUGUGGUGCUUAUUCAGAAUGUCGAAACAUUGGUAAUAUACCAUCCUGUUCCUGCUUGGCCACAUACAUUGGAAAUCCACCGAAUUGUCGACCAGAAUGUAUUACAAAUUCAGAUUGUCCUCCAAGUCAGGCUUGCAUGCAGCAAAAAUGCAGGGAUCCUUGUCUUGGAUCUUGUGCUCCUUUAGCUCAAUGUUCCGUUGUCAAUCAUAUACCAAUUUGUUCUUGUCUGUCUGGUUACACUGGAGAUCCCUUUACCAAUUGUUUUGUUCAACCAACACUACCUAUUGAAACUGAUCCAUGUGCAUCUUCACCUUGUGGAUCAAAUGCACGCUGUGAUAAUGGUAUUUGCACUUGUUUGCCCGAAUAUUCUGGUGAUCCAUAUGCAGGUUGUAGACCUGAAUGUGUUCUAAGCAACGAGUGUCCAAUUAACAGAGCUUGCGUUAGAAAUAAAUGUAUCGAUCCCUGUGUUGGUGUUUGUGGACAGAAUGCAUUGUGCAAUGUAUUCAAUCAUGCCCCUAUGUGCAGUUGUCCCCCAGGAAUGUCAGGAAACGCUUUCGUGCUCUGUUCACCUCUUCAAGCAAUCGAAGUCAAUGAUCCUUGCAAUCCGUCACCCUGUGGUCCUAACAGUCGAUGCAGACAAAAUAAUAUGCAAGCUACAUGCUCUUGCAUAAAUGGGUACAUAGGAGCACCUCCUACUUGUAGACCAGAGUGUGUGGUUAGUUCUGAUUGCCCAUUAAAUGAAGCUUGCAUUAAUCAAAGAUGUAGAAACCCUUGUGAAGGAGGCUGUGGAUUAAAUGCAAUUUGUAAUGUCGUAAAUCACAAUCCUAUAUGCUCAUGUAGGGAAAGAAUGACUGGUGAUCCUUUCCUCAGAUGUUAUCCAAUACCUGAAAGACCUCCAAUUCCGAUCAAUCCCUGUCAACCAUCUCCUUGUGGACCAAACGCGGAGUGUCAAGUGCUCAAUGAUCAACCAUCCUGCUCGUGUCUUCUAGAAUUUAUAGGAUCACCACCUAACUGUCGUCCAGAGUGUGUCAGCAAUAGUGAAUGUCCUAAUCGAUUAGCAUGUAUCAAACAAAAAUGUCAAGACCCUUGUAUAAAUUCUUGUGGAGUGAAUGCAAUUUGUAACGUGGUUAGUCACAUUCCAAUAUGCGCUUGCAUUGAUGGUUACAGUGGGGAUCCAUUUACACAAUGUGUUCCACAGCAAUUAGACGAUGAAAAUAACAGACCAGAUCCUUGCACUCCAUCUCCAUGUGGAUCAAAUGCAAUCUGUCGAGUCCAACAAAAUACAGCUUUCUGUUCCUGUCAAGAUGAUUAUAUUGGAAAUCCUUACGAGGGAUGUAGACCCGAAUGUACUCUGAGUUCAGACUGUCCAUCCAAUCAAGCUUGCUUUAGAUCUAAAUGUAGAGAUCCUUGUCCUGGAACUUGUGGCCCAAAUGCUCAAUGUUAUGUUAUUAAUCACGCAGCUGUUUGUACCUGUCUUGAACGAUACACUGGUGAUCCUUUCAAUUAUUGCAAUCUCAUCAUAGAACAACCUAAACCUAAUCUCGCUAAUCCUUGUGAGCCAACACCUUGUGGACCUUAUAGUCAAUGCAAAGAAACCAAUGGUCAAGCCACGUGUUCUUGUCUUCUAACUUAUAUAGGUGUACCUCCUAAUUGUAAACCAGAGUGUACAGUUAGUUCUGAUUGCUCGUUGAAUCUGGCUUGUAAGAAUAAUAAAUGUAUUGACCCUUGUCCUGAUUCUUGUGGUCAACAAAGCACUUGUAGAGUCGUAAAUCAUAGUCCUAUUUGUAGUUGCAAACCAGGCUUCACUGGUGAUCCUUUCACAUACUGUUUCUACAAUCCACCUCCAUCUGUUAUCGAGACACCUAUAGAUCCAUGUAUUAAUUCACCUUGCGGACCCAAUUCUCUAUGUCGCAAUGUCAAUGGGUCUCCUUCAUGUACUUGCAUGCUUAAUUAUAUCGGUGCGCCACCGAAUUGUCGUCCAGAAUGUGUCAUAAAUACGGAUUGUCCCAGAAAUCAGGCUUGUAUUCGCGAGAAAUGCCAGGAUCCUUGUCCAGGAUCCUGUGGAAUUAACAGUGUCUGUACUGUAUACAAUCAUGUUCCUGUUUGUACAUGUUUGGAAGGAUACACGGGAGACCCUUUCAAUAAUUGUCAACUCAAACCAAUAAAAGUAGAAGAACCUGUGAUAGAUCCAUGCAGCAAAUCUCCUUGUGGUCCCAAUGCUCAGUGUGAUAAUGGCAUUUGCACUUGCUUGCCAGAAUACUUCGGCAAUCCAUACAUCAGUUGUCGACCAGAAUGUGUGUUAAGUACAGAUUGUUCAAAUGAUAAAGCAUGUAUAAAAAACAAAUGCGCGGAUCCUUGUCCUGGAGCUUGCGGUCAAAAUGCUCAAUGCAAUGUUAUCAAUCACAUACCUAUGUGUAGUUGUCCCUCUAAUACUGGAGGAAAUGCUUUAAUAGUAUGUUCACCUGUGCAAGCUCCUGCAAAAACCAAACCAUGUAAUCCAUCCCCAUGCGGACCAAACAGUAUAUGUAGAGAGGUGAAUGAUCAAGCUGUAUGCACUUGUGCUCCAGAAUAUCUUGGAACUCCACCUUUGUGCAGACCAGAAUGCUUGAUUAGUUCAGAUUGUCCUCAGAAUCAGGCUUGCUUGAAUCAGAAAUGUAAAGAUCCAUGUAUUGGAACAUGUGGUACUCAGGCAAUCUGUUUAGUAGUGAAUCAUAAUCCUGUUUGCUCUUGUCCAGAAGGAUAUACAGGAAAUCCGUUCAUCAGAUGCGAGAUCAAAAAAAUAGUAGCGCCUACGAACCCUUGUCAACCAUCACCCUGCGGGCCAUAUUCCCAAUGUCAAGUGAUCAACGAUACUCCAUCCUGCAGCUGUUUGUCUGAAUAUAUAGGCGCUCCGCCAAAUUGCAAACCUGAGUGCAUAUCAAACUCCGAGUGCCCCAGCCACCAAACUUGUAUUCGACAAAAGUGCAGAGAUCCUUGUCCAAAUCUCUGUGGAGAGAGUGCAGAAUGUCAUGUAACUUAUCACGUACCAAACUGUGUUUGUCCUAAUGAUUUCACCGGAGACCCUUAUACACGUUGCACGAUAAUAACUCGCGAACCGGAACCCUCACCCUGCGCUGAAGGUACUUGUGGCACAAAUGCUUUGUGCAGAGAACGAGACGGUGUCGGCAUUUGUUAUUGCCCCCCUGAAUAUAUUGGCAACCCAUACGUAGGCUGUAGACCCGAAUGCGUGAUUAAUCCUGAUUGUCCAUCCAACAAAAUGUGCGUGCGAAACAAAUGCCAAGAUCCUUGUCCUGGAGCCUGCGGCUGGAAAGCCGAGUGCUCAGUGGUUAACCAUCUGCCUUUCUGCAAUUGCCCGCCAAGAUUCACUGGCGACCCACUUGUCGCAUGUAGUGUGGCUUUAGUGUCGCAAGAUGUGGAUAUGUGCAGCCCAUCACCUUGCGGACCGAAUAGUCAGUGCAAAGAAAUAUCCGGUCAGGCUGUGUGCUCAUGCCUACCAACUUAUGUAGGCACUCCUCCUGGAUGCAGACCAGAAUGCGUAGCUAGCUCCGAAUGUCCUACCCAGCUCGCGUGCAAGGAUUACAAAUGCACAAAUCCGUGUCCAAGUCCUUGCGGCCUGAACACCAAAUGCGUAGUCGUGAAUCAUAGUCCCAUCUGUAGUUGCAUGCCCGGAUAUAGUGGAGAUCCAUUCACCACUUGCACACCGAUUCCACCUGUUACAAUCCCUGGCCCAAUGGAGAAAGACCCCUGUGUGCCAUCCCCGUGUGGUAGUUUCGCCCAAUGCAGGAACAUUCGCGAUUCAGCAGCAUGCAGCUGCUUAGAAGGUUACACCGGUCAGCCACCGAAUUGCAGACCCGAAUGCACGAUCAAUUCUGAAUGUCAAAGCGACAUGUCUUGUGUCAACAUGAAAUGCAGAGAUCCUUGUCCCGGUUCCUGUGGUCUUGCUGCUGUUUGCACAGUGGUUAAUCACAUUCCCAUAUGCAAUUGCCCCGAAGGUUUCACAGGAAAUCCAUUCACUCUCUGUCAAUUGCUACCAGCCACACCCAUUAUAUCAACACCAAUAGAGGAUGAAUGUUCCUUGUCUCCCUGUGGACCUAAUACAGAAUGCUUAAAAGGCGUUUGCACAUGCCUAUCAGAAUUCCAAGGAAACCCAUAUCUAGGAUGUCGACCCGAAUGCGUAUUAAACACCGACUGCCCUCGCGAUAGAGCUUGUUUGCGGAAUAAAUGUAUGGAUCCUUGUCCCGGAACUUGUGGUCUGAAUGCCAUUUGCGCGGUUAUCAAUCAUGUGCCUAUGUGCAGCUGCCCUGGAAAUAUGACUGGGAACGCGUUUAGUCAAUGCACUCCUUUGCAAGAUGUGAUACCCAUCAAUCUAUGUAGCCCAACACCCUGUGGACCCAAUAGCGAAUGCAGAAUCGUAAACGGUCAAGCAGUUUGUUCAUGCAUCAAAGGAUUCUUAGGAAGCCCACCCACCUGUAGACCCGAGUGCAUUGUAAGCACAGAUUGCCCGCAAAACGAAGCCUGUAAUAAUCAGAGAUGCACAAAUCCGUGUCCAGGAACAUGUGGAAUCGGAGCCAAGUGCAACAUCGUCAACCAUAAUCCCGUAUGCAGUUGCCCGUUACGUUUCACAGGCGAUCCAUUUGUACAGUGCAUGCCUUUCUUGGAAGAACCUGCGAUAGAUCCAUGUAAACCAUCUCCUUGUGGUCCAAAUUCUCAAUGUCAGGUGAUCAACGACUCUCCCUCUUGUUCAUGCUUGCCAGAAUUCUCUGGCAGUCCACCCAAUUGUCGUCCAGAAUGCAUUAGCAACACUGAAUGCCCUAGCCAAUUAGCUUGUAUCAAUCAGAAAUGUAAAAAUCCUUGUAUUGGAUCUUGUGGAUCUGGUGCUGACUGCCAUGUCAUCAGUCAUACUCCCAUGUGUACUUGUUUGAGCGGAUACACAGGCGAUCCGUUCUCACAGUGCAUUUUUAAAGAACCUACAAUUCCAUUGCCCAUGCCCAUUGAUCCUUGUAAUCCGUCCCCUUGUGGUUCAAAUGCUAUUUGUAAAGAAUUAAAUGGAGCUGGUUCAUGUACCUGUAUUUCUAAUUACAUUGGAAAUCCAUAUGAGGGAUGUCGACCAGAGUGUUUGUUAAAUUCUGAUUGUCCUGCUAAUCAAGCUUGCAUGAAUAGCAAAUGCCAAGAUCCUUGUCCAGGAAUCUGUGGUCGUAAUGCAGAGUGUCAUGUUAUCAAUCACUUACCAGUGUGCGAAUGUUAUCCUGGUCACACUGGUAAUGCAUUUGUCCUGUGCUCACUUAUGUUGCCAGAAGUCGAUCAAACAAUCAGUCGACCUUGUAAUCCAUCUCCCUGUGGACCCAACAGCCAAUGCAGACCAAUCAAUGGACAAUCCGUGUGUUCGUGUUUACCCGACUUCAUAGGAAGUCCACCAUCCUGUAGACCAGAAUGCACGAUUAGUACAGAAUGUGCGCCAAAUCUAGCCUGUAUCAAUAAAAAAUGCAGUGAUCCUUGUCCUGGAUCAUGUGGUUCAAAUACUAGAUGCGAAACUAUUAAUCACAAAGCCAUUUGUGCUUGUCAACCUAGUUUUACUGGCGAUCCACUUGUUGCUUGUUUCGAAAUGAUGAUGGAAAGACCAUCUCCCUUACCACCAAUAUAUGAGAAUCCUUGUGCACCAUCUCCUUGUGGACCAUAUUCAGAAUGUCGUAAUGUAAAUGGUCAAGCUUCUUGCGCCUGUUUAUUAGAAUAUAUGGGUACACCGCCUAAUUGUAGACCAGAAUGUAUAAGGAAUUCAGAAUGCCCUAGCAAUCAGGCUUGUAUUCAGAAGAAAUGUCGUUAUCCUUGCGAAGGAGUUUGUGGUGUAGGCGCCCAAUGUACUGUAACUGAUCAUAUACCUAUUUGUACAUGUCCCAAAGGAUUAUCUGGUGAUCCUUUCGUCAAAUGUUUGGUUGCUCCAGUGAUACAGGAAAAACCUGCGGAUUCUUGUAUUAAUUGUGGUACAAAUACACAAUGUAUCAAUGGAGCUUGUAUCUGUCUACCAGAAUAUCAGGGAGAUCCAUAUUUAGGUUGUCGUCCAGAGUGUGUUUUGAACUCAGAUUGUCCUAGAGAUAAAGCUUGUAUUAAGAGCAAAUGCAACGAUCCAUGUGCAGGCACUUGUGGCCAGAAUGCAUUAUGUUCUGUAGUAAAUCAUAUUCCAGUUUGCACUUGUCCAUCUGGAACUUCAGGAAAUGCAUUUGUAGUUUGUUCUACCAUUCAAGUGCAAACAUCAAAAGAUCCAUGCAACCUAUCACCCUGUGGACCCAACAGCCAAUGCAGAAAGAUAAAUGAUCAAGCAAUUUGCUCUUGCAUCCCUGGUUAUUUAGACGCGCCACCGAAUUGUAGACCAGAAUGUAUUCUUAGUUCAGAUUGUCCAUCCAAUAUGGCUUGUAAUAAUCAAAAAUGCAUUGAUCCUUGUCCAGGAACUUGUGGAAUAAGAGCUGAAUGUGUGGUCGUGAAUCAUAACCCGAUCUGUAGUUGUCCAUCUGAUUUGGUAGGCGAUCCUUUUAGAAUGUGUCUCAGGAAACCCGAAGAACCUCAAGUCUUGAAUCCAUGCGUUCCAUCACCUUGCGGUCCAAACAGUCGAUGUCAAGUUAUAAACGAAUCACCUUCAUGUUCUUGUUUGCCUGAAUUCCUCGGGUCCCCACCAAAUUGCAAGCCAGAAUGCAUUAGUAACAGCGAGUGUUCUACCCAUUUGGCUUGUAUAAGUCAAAAAUGUCGCGAUCCUUGUCCUGGUUCCUGUGGUCCCAAUUCUGAAUGCAGAGUGAUUAGUCACACGCCCAUGUGUGUAUGUUCGUAUGGUUUCAUUGGCGAUCCUUUCAUACAGUGUGUUCCAAAACCAGUCUUUGAAGACACCAUAGAGAAACCUACCCCAUGUGUACCGUCACCCUGUGGCUCUAACGCAGUGUGUAAUGAAUUAAACGGUGCAGCAUCUUGCAAAUGUCUUCCUGAUUACAUUGGGAAUCCCUACGAAGGCUGUCGACCAGAAUGUAUCAUUAAUUCCGAUUGUACAGCUAAUUUGGCUUGUGUUAGAUCUAAAUGUCAAAAUCCUUGUCCAGGAUUCUGUGGAUAUAAUGCUAUUUGUCAGGUUGUUAAUCAUGCACCUCUAUGCACUUGCCAGCCUGGAUAUACAGGAGAUCCAUUCGUUCAGUGUAAUAUUAUUCAAGAACCACCAAAACCAGCUGAUCCUUGUAGUCCAUCUCCUUGCGGUUUGAACAGUCAAUGUCGUGUAUCUAAUGAACAAGCUAUCUGUUCUUGUUUGCCUACUUUCAUGGGAACUCCACCAAUGUGCAGACCAGAAUGUACAGUUAGUUCCGAUUGUGCGACAAAUCGUGCUUGCAAAAAUCGCAAAUGCAUAGAUCCUUGUCCAGGAAUUUGCGGUAUUAAUGCUAGAUGCGAAUCUAUCAAUCAUAGUCCGAUUUGCAGUUGCAAUAUAGGAUAUACUGGUGAUGCUUUUGUCAGAUGUUUCAAAGUUCCAACUGUUCAAUUUAGUAGUUCAGACGAACCAAUUAAUAAUCCUUGCGUGCCUUCACCAUGUGGUCCAUUUUCUGUCUGUCGCAUUGUUGGAAACACGGAUUUACCAAGUUGUACUUGUAUGGAAAAUUAUGUAGGAACUCCACCGAAUUGUCGACCAGAAUGCACCAUUGAUUCAGAAUGUGCCAGUAACAGGGCUUGUCUCAGACAAAAAUGUACAGAUCCUUGUCCAGGUUCCUGUGGUACAGGAGCUCAAUGUUUAGUAGUGAAUCAUAUGGCUGUAUGUACUUGUCCUAAGGGUUAUACAGGAGAUCCAUUUGUUAAUUGCUUCCUUCAACCUCCUCCUUCAUCACCGGUUAUUCAAGAUGCUUGUAAUCCUUCACCAUGCGGAUCAAAUGCAAUGUGUCGCAAUGGUGUAUGCACCUGCUUACCAGAAUAUCAUGGUGAUCCAUACUACGGAUGUCGUCCAGAAUGUGUUCAAAAUCCAGAUUGUCCUCUAGAUAAAGCUUGCAAUCGUAACAAAUGUUUCGACCCUUGUAUCGGCAUUUGUGGUCAGAACGCCGAGUGUAUCGUGAUAAAUCACACUCCUAUGUGCAGUUGUCCUGAUGGCAUGUCAGGAAAUGCAUUUAUGGCUUGUUAUCCGGUGAAAGACCCAGUGAUAGUACAGCCUUGCAAUCCAUCACCCUGUGGUCCCAAUAGUAGGUGUCAAGAUAUUAGUGGACAGGCAGUUUGUUUCUGUGCCCCUGGUUACAUAGGAAACCCACCAGCUUGUCGACCAGAAUGUAUAGUUAAUAGUGAUUGUUCGUUAAAUGAAGCUUGUGUGAAUCUGAAGUGUAGAGAUCCAUGUCCUGGAUCCUGUGGAGUAUCAGCUCGAUGUCAAGUGAUCAAUCAUAAUCCCAUUUGCAGUUGUCCUUCAGCAUUUAUUGGUGAUCCCUUUAUUCGUUGCUUACCUAGACCCGAAGAACCUGUGUUAUCAACUAAUCCAUGUCAGUCAUCACCGUGCGGUCCAAACGCAAUCUGUCAAGUCAUUAACAAUUCUUCAUCCUGUUCGUGCAAAUCAGAUUUCAUUGGUACUCCACCAAAUUGCAAACCAGAAUGUAUCAGUAAUACCGAAUGUGCUAGCCAUAUGGCGUGCAUCAAUCGUAAAUGCAGAGAUCCUUGCCCUGGUUCCUGUGGUCCUAAUGCGGAAUGUCACGUAAUAAAUCACAUUGCGUCAUGCAUAUGUACCACGGAUUACACUGGAGAUCCAUUCGUUCAGUGUGUUGCCAAGCAACCGGACACAAGUAUAACACCUAGACCCUGUGAACCUUCCCCAUGCGGAGCUAAUGCCAUUUGCCGAGAGCAAAAUAGUCUUAGCUCUUGCACUUGUUUGCCCGAAUAUAUCGGCAAUCCUUACGAAGGAUGCCGACCAGAAUGCAUUCGUUCCUCAGAUUGUCCCUCCCAUUUGGCUUGCAUUAGGUCUAAGUGUCAGAAUCCUUGUCCCGGUUCUUGCGGAGCUAACACCAAUUGUCAGGUGGUAAAUAAUUUACCUGUAUGCACUUGCAUUCCGCAAUAUACUGGUGAUCCAUACGUGAACUGUGUAUAUAAGAUUUCAUCAACCGAAGAAGAAGAACGAAAUGUUUGUCAACCAUCUCCUUGUGGUCCGAAUAGUCAAUGUCAAAAUGUAAAUGGUCAAGCAGUGUGCUCCUGUUUACCUCAAUAUAUAGGAACUCCACCAAAUUGUAGACCAGAAUGUAUCGUGAAUUCGGAAUGUAAUUCGAAUCUCGCGUGUAUCAAUCAGAAAUGCAAAGAUCCUUGUCCUGGCACGUGUGGGACGAAUGCACAAUGCAAAGUAGUUCAUCAUAGUCCCAUUUGUAGUUGUAGAAAUGAUUUUACAGGAGAUCCUUUUGUUCACUGCUUCCCUGUUCCAUUGCCAAAGCCGGAAGAACCAUAUCCGAAAGAUCCAUGUGUUCCAUCACCUUGUGGUCCAAACGCGAUGUGCAAAGCCGUAGGAGAAAUUCCAGUCUGCACUUGCAUGAACAAUUAUAUCGGAGUUCCACCGAAUUGCCGACCAGAAUGCUCUAUCAAUUCGGAUUGCAUAGCAGAUAAGGCAUGCAUUCAGGAGAAAUGUAGAGAUCCUUGUCCAGGAUCUUGUGGUUUGAAUGCACGUUGCACAGUUAUAAAUCAUACACCAGCUUGUACUUGUCCUGAAGGAUAUUCCGGUGAUCCAUUCAUCAAUUGUUCGCCAAUUACAUUUAUUUCAGAAGCUCCAUCAAAUCCAUGCAAUCCAUCACCAUGUGGACCAAAUGCACAGUGCAAUAAUGGUGUUUGUACUUGCAUACCUGGCUAUCUAGGUGACCCAUACACUAUAUGUCGACCUGAAUGUGUAAUUAACACAGAUUGUUCCCGAAAUGAAGCUUGCAUACUGCACAAAUGCAGAAAUCCUUGUAUAGGAACUUGUGGAUUAAAUGCAGAGUGUAACGUAAUUAAUCAUCUACCGAUGUGCAACUGUCCUAGGAAUAUGACGGGCAAUGCAUUCGUUUCGUGUAUUCCUCUUCGAGAACCUACUAUAAUUGAUCCAUGCAAUCCAUCUCCUUGCGGUCCGAACAGUCAUUGUCGAUCCUCCAAUGGCCAAGCUGUUUGUAGUUGUGUUACUGGAUUUAAGGGAUCACCACCAUCUUGUAGACCAGAGUGUAUCAUUAGUACUGAUUGUCCGCGUAACAGAGCUUGCAGUAAUCAGAAAUGCAUCGAUCCUUGUCUUGGUACUUGUGGAUUAUCUGCCCAGUGUUCUGUGAUCAAUCAUAAUCCCGUAUGCAGCUGUUUCGAGCAAUAUACUGGAAAUCCAUUCGUACAAUGUAUUCCGCAAACAAAACAACCGGAUAUUCCAAUGAAUCCUUGUCUGCCAUCACCUUGCGGUCCCAAUGCUCGAUGUCAAAUGAUCAAUAAUGCACCUUCGUGUUCUUGUCUCCCUGAAUUUAUAGGAACUCCACCAAACUGCAAACCUGAAUGCGUAAGCAAUUCAGAAUGUUCAACGCAACAGGCUUGCAUUAAUCAAAAAUGCAAAGAUCCUUGUCCUGGUUCUUGUGGCAGGAACACCGAAUGCAGAACUAUUAGUCACACUCCUAUGUGUACUUGUGCUAAUAAUUUCACCGGAAAUCCAUUUAUUCAAUGUACACCUCAACCAAUCGAAGAUAUACCACAAAGACUCAACCCGUGUCAACCAUCUCCUUGUGGUCCAAAUGCUAUUUGUCGCGAAUCUUAUGGUUCACCUCAAUGCACUUGUUUGCCCGAUUUCUAUGGAAAUCCGUAUGAAAAUUGUAGACCGGAAUGUGUUAUCAAUACCGAUUGUCCAUCCAACCGUGCCUGUAUAAGAAACAAGUGUCAAGAUCCUUGUCCAGGAACUUGUAGUUUUAAUGCCGACUGCAAUAUAAUCAAUCAUAUUCCAAUAUGCAGUUGUAAACUGGGUUACACUGGUGAUCCAUUUAGAUAUUGCAGCAUACUCGAACAACUUCCCAUACUAAAUCCCACAAAUCCGUGCGAUCCAUCACCAUGCGGACCCAAUAGUCGAUGUCGCAAUGUGAAUGGUCAGUCCAGUUGUUCUUGCCUUCCUAAUUUCAAGGGAAUUCCUCCAUUAUGUAGACCACAAUGCGUAGUUAGCACGGAAUGUGCUAGCAAUAGAGCUUGUAUAAACCAAAAAUGUGUAGAUCCAUGUUCCGGAGUUUGUGGAAUAAAUGCGAAGUGCGAAGUUUUCCAUCACAGUCCUAUUUGUAGUUGUGAUGCUUCUCAAACCGGAGAUCCAUUUAUAAGAUGUUUUGACAUGACCACACCCGCACCACUUUUACCCAUAAACCCUUGCGUUCCAUCACCUUGCGGUCCGUUUUCGCAAUGUCAAAAUAUAGGAGGCAUAUCAUCCUGUUCUUGUUUGCCCAAUUAUGUUGGUUCAGCUCCCAAUUGUCGACCAGAAUGUUCUAUUAACUCGGACUGUACCAGUAAUAAGGCUUGUGUAAGAGAAAAAUGUAAAGAUCCGUGUCCAGGAUCUUGUGCAACGAAUGCACUAUGCAGCGUCAUUAAUCACACACCUGUUUGCACUUGUCCCAGAGAUUACACAGGAGAUCCUUUCACUAAUUGCCAACCAAUCUUAACACCCACACCUACCGUUCCAGUUCAAUCAGACCCAUGCCAUCCAUCACCUUGCGGUCCAAACGCCAUCUGUCGAAACGCUAUAUGCAGUUGUAUAAACGAGUAUCAUGGCGAUCCUUACCAAGGUUGUCGACCAGAAUGCGUACAGAAUUCGGACUGUACUUAUGACAAAGCUUGUUCUAAUAAUAAAUGCGUGAAUCCUUGUACCAAAAUCUGCGGUCAGAACGCAGAAUGUACUGUGAUCAAUCAUAUCCCUACUUGCAAUUGCUUGGAAAAUUAUGAAGGAGAUCCAUUUAACCUCUGCAAACCUGUUCGAAAACGUACGAAACCUUGUGAACCCUCACCCUGUGGACCCAACAGCAUUUGUCGCGAGUUUAGUGAGCAAGCUUCUUGUACUUGCCUACCUGGAUAUUUCGGAAUUCCGCCCAGCUGUAGACCUGAAUGUUUGGUGAACUCUGAUUGUGAGCAGAGUAAAGCUUGUGUGAAUCAAAAAUGUCAAAACCCGUGCGACAACACUUGUGGACAAAGCGCGUUAUGUGUCGUACGAAACCACAAUCCUAUUUGCAGUUGUCCCGUUCAGUAUUCCGGUGAUCCGUUUGUCAGCUGUUUCCCUAUGACACCACAAUACGAAGAGGCUAGUCAGAAUCCGUGCAAACCCUCGCUAUGUGGACCGAAUUCUCAAUGCACAGUAACACAAGACAAUAAAGCCUCUUGCGCCUGUAUGCCCGAAUUUAUAGGCUUACCUCCCAACUGUAGACCUGAAUGUCUUGUGAACAGCGAAUGUCCUAGCAACCAGGCGUGCGUUAAACAGAAGUGUACCGAUCCUUGUACCGGACUCUGCGGCUUUAAUGCCCUGUGUCAAGUUACCCAGCAUUACAUCCACUGUAUAUGUUCCGAGGGAUACACCGGGGACCCGUUUGCUAUUUGUACUGUGACCAAGACUCCAAAAGAACCACCUAUAUCGCUGAGACCUUGCAGUCCUUCACCAUGUGGAGUCAACGCUUAUUGCAGGGAAAGACAAAAUACGGCGUAUUGUGAAUGUUUGCCAAAUUUCCGUGGAAAUCCUUAUGAAGGCUGUCAACCUGAAUGUUUGACCAAUACUGACUGUCUGAAAUCGCAAGCUUGCGUCAGGACUAAAUGUCAGGAUCCUUGUCCUGGUACUUGUGGCGUUGGUGCGAUCUGUACAGUUUCUAAUCAUAUUCCUAUUUGCUCUUGUCCUCUGCCUACUAUCGGCGAUGCGUUUACGAUCUGUCAAGUCAUUCCUGAAGGUCCAAAAGAAAGAGAUCCUUGUUCUCCAUCACCAUGCGGUCCUAAUACCAUUUGCGAAAAAAUCGGCGAUACGGCUGUCUGCAAGUGUUUACCUGGUCUCCAAGGAAUUCCUUCUAGUAUAACAGGUUGUCAUCCAGAAUGUGUAAUUAGUUCAGAUUGUCCAGGAGACAAAGCUUGCAUCAGUAACAAAUGCGUGAAUCCUUGCACACAAAAUGUGUGCGGUAUCAAGGCUACAUGUAAAGCAAUCAACCAUAGUCCUCUAUGCAGUUGUCCACCUCCUUUAAUUGGCAAUCCAUUCGACGAAUGUAUUAUCCAAAUUGAAACUGAUCCUUGUAGUCCAUCUCCAUGCACUUAUAAUGGCGAAUGUAAAGUUCGAAAUGGUAUCGCGAUAUGCAUAUAUCCAGAAUGUGUUAUUAAUUCCGAUUGUCCACGAGAAAAGGCUUGUUUCGGCCAAAAAUGUAAAGAUCCUUGCAUCGGUGCUUGUGGUAUUAAUUCAUUGUGUCAAACAGUGAAUCACAAGCCUGUUUGUUCAUGUCCAAUUGGAUUCACUGGAAAUGCUCGUAUACAAUGUACUAUUCCAACAGUCGAAGAACCAGUUCCAGAAUGUAUUCACAAUUCCGAAUGCCCGAACGAUAAGACUUGCUACAACCAAAAAUGCAUCGAUCCUUGCACACUCGAUUCUUGCGGUUUCAACAGUCGUUGCCACGUACAAUUACAUCGAGCUGUGUGCGUAUGUAAUGAAGGGUUCACUGGCAAUCCUCAACAAUAUUGUGGUGAAAUUGGUUGUCGUGGUGAUAGUGAUUGUCCAUUAACACAAUCCUGUGUUAAUAAUGAAUGUAUAGACACUUGUUCUGUGACUCAGUGCGGAAUUAAUGCAUUUUGCGAAUCAGAUGGAUAUCAUAGACCAAGAUGUUACUGUCCUGAUGGAUAUUUAGGAAAUCCAUAUCAAGGAUGCGAAAGAUCAGAAUGCAUAACCGAUAACGAUUGUCCAUCUUCUUUAUCAUGUCGCGAUUCAAAAUGUAUAAAUCCUUGUGAUUGCCCACUAUCUGCACAAUGUCAUGUGGUUAAUCAUCGACCAAUUUGUCGGUGUCCUCCUGGUUAUGUAGGCAAUCCUUAUACUUCGUGUCUGAUUGAACCGAUUGAACAACAACCUCAAUGUCAAGUAGAUGGAGACUGUCCAAGUAAAUUAGGCUGUUUUAAUGGUAUUUGCAAAGAUCCAUGUGUUGAAAGUAAACCUUGCAUCGCUGGAGCAAAAUGUUCCGUUGUGAACACUUUGCCAAUGAGGACUAUGAUUUGCGAGUGUUUACCAAACUUUGCUGGCGAUGCAACUGUCGCUUGUAUUCCUGUGGAUAAACAAAUCGAAGCUAUCUGUAAAGCUGACUCUCAAUGUUCUUCAAAUAUGUCAUGUCUGAACGAAAGAUGUAUCAAUCCAUGCAUUAUCAAUCCAUGUGCUUCGAAUGCGGAAUGUUUAGUCCAAAAUCAUUAUCGUCAAUGUCAUUGUUCGCGUGGUACUGCUGGUGAUCCAUUUGUAAAUUGUUACAGAGAUACUGAUUCAUUUCCAGAAUGCACAUCAAAUCUUGAUUGUGCACCUAAUGAGGCCUGUAUUAAUGAAUUAUGUCAAAAUCCAUGUGUCAGCACUCAAUGUGGUCUGAACGCGGAAUGUCUCACUGUUAAUCAUCAUCCAACCUGUCAUUGUAAACAAAACUUCGCAGGAGAUCCACAAAUACAAUGUUUCAGACCCGAAUGCAAAUCAGAUAGCGAUUGUCCUUACGAUAAAACUUGUCAAAAUAAUAAUUGUAUCACGCCUUGCUUGAUCGGAGACAUUGCCUGUGGUCGUGGUGCAGAAUGCAUCGCUGUUUCCCACAGGGCGCAAUGCGUAUGUCCACGAGGUACUCAAGGUGAUCCACGAAUUGCGUGCAUAUCCACAAUAUGUCAUUACAAUGAAGAUUGUGCAGAUCACGAAGCUUGUGAUAGGUUGAACAGAGUAUGUCGACCUGUUUGCGAGGAUGACGUUUGCGCAGAAACUGCAAAAUGUAUUGCGAAAAAUCAUCAACCCAAAUGCAUCUGCCCUCUUGGUACCACUGGAAAUCCAUAUAUUGAUUGUACUGGUGUUUCCAUUGAAUCAGAAUGCAAAUCAGAUAGCGAAUGUCCAUCAUACUUUGCGUGUAUCAAUACCAAAUGCCAAGAUCCUUGUCUAUCCUCCAAUAUGUGUUCUGCAGAUCAAGAAUGCAAGGUAUUAAACACAGUUCCUCUUCGUACAAUGAUAUGUAGUUGCCCUCCAAACACCAUCACUGAUAUAAAUGGAUCAUGCAAAAAAAUUGUGAAAGAGAAUGUGCAAUGUCAUCAAGAUCAAGAUUGCAUUGAUUCCGAUAAAUGCGUGGAAGGAAUUUGCAUCGAAGCUUGUCUCACGACCAAAUGUGGAUUGAAUGCACAAUGCAAAGCGAUAUCGCACACUGGAAUCUGUUACUGUGCACCCGAAUUCACUGGCAAUGCUUAUAUUGAGUGCAUCAGAGUACCAAUAAUACUACCACCGCGUCCAGAAUGUUAUUCUAACAAUGAUUGUUCCAAUGACAAACAGUGUAUAAAUUCUUUUUGCAUGAAUCCUUGCAUUUUUGGAAAUCCAUGUGGUAGAAAUGCAUUGUGUUAUGCAAAUAAUCACAGUCCAGUUUGCAGAUGUCCUGCCAAUUACAUUGGUGAUUCAAAGAUCAAUUGUGAACCGCCGGAAAUAGUAGCUGAAUGUAUCUCGAACAAUGAUUGCGCAGGCAAUGCUGCCUGUGUGAACAAUUUAUGCAUUAACCCUUGCAAUUGUGGUGCAAAUGCCAAAUGCAAUGUCGUAGAUCAUUAUCCAUCUUGUAUUUGUUCACCUGGGUAUUCUGGAAAUCCUCAAUUGGGUUGUUUUAAACUGGAUUGUGAAUCAGAUAGCGAGUGCAAUAAUGCAGCUACAUGUUAUAAUGGGCAAUGUGUAAAUCCUUGUAUUCUGGAGAAUAAAUGUGCAAUAAAUGCAGAAUGUUAUGGUCAGAAUCAUCGUGCCAUUUGUCGUUGUGGUCCAGGCUAUUUGGGCAAUCCAGAAAUACAUUGCGAAAGAGUGGAAUGCACAUCUGACUACGAUUGUCCUCGAAAUCUAGCUUGUUAUAGUGGACGUUGUAUCAGCCCUUGUAUAGAAGAUCCACCAUGUGCUCAAAAUGCUAUUUGCUAUGUCCAAGAUCACGUAGCCACUUGUCGCUGUCCGGAGAAUAUUCCUGCAGGAAAUCCAUAUUCCUAUUGUACAUAUCCGAAAAAGAAACCUGAUGAACCUGAAUGCAGAAUCGAUAUUGAAUGUGCUGACAAAUUGGUGUGCAUUAAGAAUAAAUGUAUCGAUCCAUGCCCAGUGAUCAAGCCAUGCUUACAGAAUGCUCGGUGCAAUGUUUUGGAUACUGUUCCAGUAAGAACUAUGACGUGCACAUGUCCUGAAGGUUGGACCACUGAUAUCGAUGGUGUUUGCAGGCCAAUUCAAAUAACAAUAAUUGGCACUUGUACAAUAAAUGAUGAGUGCAGUGAUGGAGAAGCUUGCAUUAAUAGACAAUGCAGAAACCCAUGCAAUUGCGGUACAAACGCCGCUUGUUAUGUGCGAAACCACAAGCCGAUCUGUUCUUGUGAAGAAGGAUACCAGGGUAAUCCAGAUAUCGCCUGUUAUUCUAUAGAAUGUACACGCGACAGUGAGUGUGCUCUGGAUAAGAGUUGUGUGAACAACAAUUGCGUGAAUCCUUGUCUGAUCUCCGAUAAUUGUGGAGUAAACGCCGAAUGUUAUCCCAAUAACCAUAAAGCAGAUUGUAGAUGUCGUCAAGGAUAUCAUGGAAACUCUUUAGAUCGUUGCAGAGUGAUCGGUUGUUAUAGUAAUGGAGACUGUCCUGGAGAUCAUUCUUGCAUCAAUAUGCAGUGUAUCAAUCCUUGUGUCCAUAGUAAUCCUUGCUCGUCUCUAGCUGAGUGUAGAGUAUUUAACCAUCUACCUAUUUGUCGUUGCCCAAUUUAUUACAUUGGCAAUCCUUACAUUGCUUGCAAACCAGAAGAACGACCAGAAUGUAAAGAAGAUAGUGAUUGUCCUAAUUUGUUAGCCUGCUUUGAUAAUAAAUGUCAGAAUCCAUGUUCCGUGGUGCAACCCUGCAGCGAACCAUCGGAGUGUAGAGUACUUCCAACGUCUCCGGUUCGCACGAUGGUUUGCGUAUGUCCCAGCGGAUACGUGAGUAGCGGCAGUGGAACUUGUCGACCUACCAAACCAAUUUUGAAAAUCGAGUGUGCAAGGGAUAGCGAUUGUCCUUCAGAUAAAUCUUGUGUGAACGCGAUAUGCAAGAAUCCUUGCGCUUGCGGUCCUAAUGCGGAUUGCAGCGUUGUUAAUCACAAACCAAUAUGCUCCUGCGUGCUAGGAUAUGAUGGAAAUCCUGAUGUGAUGUGUACCAAAGUUGCUGGAUGUCGUACGGAUAGCGAAUGCAGCGGAUCGCACGCGUGCGUGCAACAUAAUUGUGUUCCCGUUUGCUCAUCAUCAUUAACUAGUUGUGGAAAAAAUGCUGAGUGUCACGGUAUCAAUCACAAAGCCAUCUGUGAAUGUCUACCAGGAUUCGGUGGCAAUCCGAGAGUCUCUUGCGUCCUUCUCGGAUGUAAAAGUAAUUCUGAUUGUCCUACCAACAAAGCUUGCAUUAACAACCGCUGUGAGAAUCCUUGCGCGAAAAAUCCUUGUACUGGAAACAUGGAGUGUAACGUUUAUAAUCAUAUAAUCGAAUGUGCUUGUCCUCCUGGCUAUAUUGGAGAUACCAAAACAGGAUGUGUCAAAUUGACAGAAAAAUGCAAAGCAGAUAAUGAAUGUCCAUCCCAAACUGCUUGUUUCAAUGGUGAAUGCAUCAAUCCUUGCGUGAAGAUUGAACCUUGUGGAAUAAAUGCAGAUUGUAAAGUACUCGAUACGUCUCCUGUGAGAACCAUGAUAUGUGAAUGCAUUCCUGGAUAUAGAGGAAAUGCGGUCAUCCGCUGUGACAAAACGAAUAUAUGUGCAGUAGAAAAAAAUGAGAUUCUAGAUGAAUAUGGCAAUUGCGUUUGUCCACCUGGUUCAGCUAAGGAUGAGAAAGAAAUGUGUAUACCAUGUCGUAAACAGUCUGGAAUGAUAAUCAAUGAAGAAGGAUAUUGUGUGUGCGCUCUGGAGAACGGCAUGAUCAUCGACGAGUAUGGCCGUUGCGUAUGUCCAACUCAUCAUGGAUAUAAACUAGAUGCAAAUGGAUAUUGCAAACCUGCCGACAUAAUCGAGUGCAAACACGAUGAUGAUUGCGCCGAUAACAGAUUCUGCGAUAAAACCAGUCAGACUUGCGAAGAUCCUUGUUCAAUUCAAUUAUGUGGUCUUUAUGCACUUUGCAAUGCUACUCGUCAUCAAGCUAUUUGCAUAUGCAUCAAUGGCUACAUUGGAAAUGCUUACACUCAAUGCUACGACAAAAAUCGAUGGCGCACUGAUUUCCCCAGGCCAGAAAUGGUUGUCAGUUGUUUAUCUGAUGGAGUGCAAGUCGAGAUUCAUCUCCAUGAUCAGGAAUUUGAUGGUGUUUUAUACGUCAAAGGUCACAGUAAGGACGAACAAUGCAGAAGAGUUGUCUCUAUUCCAGCAGAAACUAUGCACAAAACUGAAAUAUUUAAAGUAGCGUUCGGAAAUUGCGGACUUAUUCACGUAAAUGGACAAGCUAGUUUUGUAUUGGUCAUACAAAAGCAUCCAAAAUUAAUGACAUACAAAACUCAAGCUUAUCAUAUCAAAUGCAUAUAUCAAACCGGAGAACAAAAUGUCACUCUCGGCUUUAAUGUUUCAAUGUUAACUACUGCCGGUACAAUUGCUAAUACUGGUCCUCCACCAGUUUGUUUAAUGAAGAUUGUUACUCAAAAUGGAAAUGAAAUAAGUUCAGCCGAAAUUGGAGACAAUUUGAUGUUGCAAGUCGAAGUCCAACCUUCCACUAUUUAUGGUGGAUUUGCCCGAAAUUGUGUGGCUAAAACGAUGGAAGAUAAAUUGGAGAACGAAUAUAUUGUCACAGACGAGAAUGGCUGUGCAACAGACCCAACAAUAUUUAAAGAAUGGGAACAGAAUCCUGAAACACAGACAUUGAUGGCCAGCUUUAAUGCUUUUAAAUUUCCAAGCAGUGAUAACAUUCGAUUCCAAUGCAAUAUCCGCGUAUGUUUUGGACGUUGUCAACCCGUCAAUUGUCGAGGAUACAACGCGUUUGGUCGUCGUCGUCGAGACGUGAAUUCUGAGAUAAAUGAUACAUCCUUAAGUAUUACAGAUAACUAUGAAGGACAACUUCGAGAAGAAAUAACAAUCCAAUCGAAUUUGAUAUUCACUUUGGAGAAGCAAGAGAGGUUGACAGCAGAUCCAGCUGAAAUUCCUGCAGCUCAAAGAGUGGAAGACAUUUGCGUUUCUAUGGUCGGUUUUGUGAUAGCAUUAGUAAUUACAGCACUCUUGGCACUAGUCGCUGUAGCUAUUGCUGUUUCAUGCUGGCUAAUGGCGUAUCGUCGCCAGCCAAAGACUGCUGGACCACUGCCACACCCACCAGAGUUCCCAAAUCCAUUGUUCACUACCGAAUCUGUAGCUGAACCGUCUCCUGAUUAUCACCUAUCUUAAGUGUUCUAGGAUAAUAAUUAUUUUUUAACGUAAUUUUAUAAUUCUUAAUGAAAUGCAAUACAGACCACAAUUUUUUUAUUGGUCAGUCUUGUAUUUCCAUCAACGACUCUUCCAAUGACUAAAUUUCCGUUUCUUUCUUCUGAAGGGUUCACAUAACAUACAACAUGUUGUAUGUUCAUUGUUAUAUAUGAGUACCCCGAAUUAAGAUAUAUAUAUAUAUAUAUAUAGAUAUAUAUAUAGAUAGAUAAAUAAAAAUUGAGAGAGAGAGAGAGAGAGAGAGAGAGAGAGAGAGAGAGAGAGAGAGAGGGACAAACAUUUGCUAUUUAAUGGUGAUGGUUUGCUUCCAUUAUCUACAACACAAUAGAACUUGUCUUCCAAUAUACUAUUUUUUUCCUAUAUUUCUUCUUUCCAUUUUCUCCUUCUUCAGUCAUUGGAAGAUUUGUUAAGCGUAACACAGCGAAUUUAAUUCCCGUGUAAAGUCAAACGAAUUAGUCUAAUAUAGCUUUCUUAUGUCGUGCGUAGGUAACUGUACAUUUUCUCUAAUAAAAUGCUAAUGUAAUAUUUUUAAAA